AAAGUCCAUCAUCUUCAUCUGCCACUCUUCUUUCCUUGGUAUUUCUUCUUGUUUCCAUUUUUGGGCUAAUAGGAUUCUUGCUGCGGUUGUUGCAUGCAUAAACAGUUUUUGAUCACCCUAUGGCAUCUCUUCACCCACUAGACUCAAUAAAAAUGCUUCUGGCUUUUUAACAAAGGUGUACUUACACAUUUUCUUUAACUCAUUAUGUGUCAUUUCCCAAUAUGCUUUUGCCUUGUUACAAUUCCACCACAUAUAAGUUCCCUUCUUUUUCUUUACAUUUCCAACACUCCUUAUUUCUUGUCCUAUACAUUUUAGCAAGGUUAGUUGGUGUUAGAUACCAUCUAUACAUCAUUUUCAUAACAUUUUCCUUUAAUGCACUACAUGUGGUGAAUUUGAUUCCUUCAUUCCAUAACCUUUCCCAUGGUUCUAACUGAAUAUUAUAUCCAAAAUCUUUAGCCCAUUGUAUCAUUACCAUUUUCACCUCUUCAUUUUUGGUAUGCCAUUCCAAUAAUAAUUUGUAUAUUUUUGAUAAUAUUUUUCUCUUAUCAUCCAAAAGCUCUCUCUCCAGCCUGGAUCUUCUUAUAUCAAAACUAUUCUUCUUUUUCUCCUCCUUGAACACAUCAUUUAACUGAUGAUAUUGCAACCAAUCCGUCAUUAACUCAUUUCUUCAAAUGUUUUUAAUUUUAACUUAUUUUCUACCUCCAUCAAUAAAUCUCUAUACGUGGCCCACUGUCCUUUCAUGUUUAGUCUUUUCCCCGCUUUUGCUUCAGUUGGCUUCUAGCCAGGGAAGUUCUGUGGUCCAAGGCAAAACUCCAGCCUUCCCACGAGACAGCCUGGCCAUGCCAGGACGGCCGGGCCUGCGAGCAGGAUCCUGGGCUGGGAGAGAUCCUGGGAGAGGACAGGGGGGAUCCUGCUCUGGAGCUGAGCAAGGGGGUUUCCAGACCAGACCUGCCUGCGCGCCAGCUGCCCAGUCCGGCGCCGGUGCCCCGGGGGGGCGGGCAGCCUCGGCGGCCAGGGCGGGACUUUCCGAAGGGACCCGGAGGCGGGGCGAGGCUGGCAUCCCGGGGGCCGCGGAGCGCCGGCCGUUGGGCGCCCCUAGCAACGCGUCCCGCGCGCCCUCGCCGCCCCUCGCCCCGACGACGCCAUGGAGCCCGGCGCCCCCGACGCCCUGCCGAGUAAGGGGCGCCCCCCCGGGCAGGGGCAGAGGGUCCUUCCUCCGGGCUCCUGGGGGGCGUCUCUCUCCCUCUUGCUUCCUUGGGGGGGGGGCUUGGCGCCCCCUCCACGCCCCCCUCGGGGCAGAUGCCCCAAAUGAGAAACUCUCCCGGGAAGUGCCGGGCUGGGACGAGUCCGGCAAGUGGCCUGGGGAGAUCAGGGCUGCAGCCGCACGGCGGCCGGUUCCGUGUCGCGUGGGAAGGGACCCCGAGGGCCAUCUAGUCCACCCCCCGCAAGGCAGGAAUCUCAGCAUGCAGCUCCCCAUCCACCUUGAAACCAGACCCGACCCUGCCUUAGCUCUCAGCUAGCACUUUCACUGAUAAACCACUAGAGGGCCUUGUUGGUUUGUUUGUUUGUUUUCCUAAAAGUCAUAAGAACCUCAUAGAAUCCUAGAGUUGGAAGAGACCACAAGGGCCAUCAGGUCCAACCCCCUGCCAAGCAGGAAACACCAUCAGAGCACUCCUGACAUAUGGUUGUCAAGCCUCUGCUUAAAGACCUCCAAAGAAGGAGACUCCACCACACUCCUUGGCAGCAAAUUCCACUGUCAAACAGCUCUUACUGUCAGGAAGUUCUUCCUAAUGUUUAGGUGGAAUCUUCUUUCUUGUAGUUUGGAUCCGUUGCUCCGUGUCCGCUUCUCUGGAGCAGCAGAAAACAACCUUUCUCCCUCCUCUAUGUGACAUCCUUUUAUAUAUUUGAACAUGACUAUCAUAUCACCCCUUAACCUCCUCUUCUCCAGGCUAAACAUGCCCAGCUCUCUUAGCCGUUCCUCAUAAGGCAUCGUUUCCAGGCCUUUGACCAUUUUGGUUGCCCUCCUCUGGACACGUUCCAGUUUGUCAGUGUCCUUCUUGAACUGUGGUGCCCAGAACUGGACACAGUACUCCAGGUGAGGUCUGACCAGAGCAGAAUACAGUGGCACUAUUACUUCCCUUGAUCUAGAUGCUAUACUCCUAUUGAUGCAGCCCAGAAUUGCAUUGGCUUUUUAGCUGCCGCGGCACACUCUUGGCUCAUGUCAAGUUUGUGGUCAACCAAGACUCCUAGAUCCUUUUCACAUGUACUGCUCUCAAGCCAGGUGUCCCCCAUCUUGUAUUUGUGCCGCUCAUUUUUUUUGCCCACGUGCACUACUUUACAUUUCUCCCUGGUCAAAGUCAUCUUGUUUGUUUUGGCCCAGGUCGCUCAUCUGUCAAGGUCGGUUUGAAGUGUGAUCCUGUCCUCUGGGGUGUUAGCCACCCUCCCAGUUUGGUGUCAUCUGCAAAUUUGAUCAGGAUGCCCUUGAGUCCAUCAUCCAAGUCGUUGAUAAAGAUGUUGAAUAAGACCGGGCCCAAGACAGAACCCUGUGGCACCCCACUAGUCACUCUUCUCCAGGAUGAAGAGGAACCAUUGAUGAGCACCCUUUGGGUUCGGUCAGUCAGCCAGUUACAAAUCCACUGAGUGGUAGCAUAGUCAAGACCGCAUUUUACCAGCUUCUUUACAAGAAUAUCAUGGGGCACCUUGUCAAAUGCCUUGCUGAAAUCAAGGUAGGCUACAUCCACUGCGUUCCCUUCAUCUACCAGGCUUGUAAUUCUGUCCAAAAACGAGAUCAGGUUAGUCUGACAUGACUUAUUUUUCAGAAAUCCAUGCUGACUAUUGGUGAUCACAGCAUUCCUUUCUAGGUGCUCACAGACUGUUUGCUUAAUGAUCUGCUCCAGAAUCUUCCCUGGUAUUGAUGUCAGACUGACUGGGCGGUAAUUAUUUGGGUCCUCUCUUUUCCCCUUUUUGAAAAUAGGGACAACAUUUGCCCCCUCCAGUCUGCCGGGACUUCGCCUGUUCUCCAGGAAUUCUCAAAGAUGACUGCCAGUGGUUCUGAGAUCACAUCUGCCAGUUCUUUUAAUACUCUUGGAUGCAGUUCAUCUGGCCGUGGAGACUUGAAUACAUCUAAACUAGCCAAGUAUUCUUGUACUAUCUCCUUAGUUAUUCUGGGCUGUGUUUCCUCUGCUGAAUCAUUUGCUCCAAAUUCUUCAGGUCGGGCAUUGUUUUCUUUAUCGGAGAAGACUGAGGCAAAGAAGGCAUUGAGGAGUUCAGCCCUUUCUGUGUCCCCUGUUUGCAUUUCACCAUCUUCUCCUCUGAGUGACCCCACUGUUUCUUUGUUCUUCCUUUUGCUACGAACAUACCCAUAAAAGCCUUUUUGUUGCUUUUAACCUCUCUAGCAAGCCUGAGUUCAUUCUGUGCUUUAGCUUUUCUGACUUUGUGUCUACACGUGCUGGCUAUUUGUUUGAAUUCCUCUUUGGUGGUUUCCCCUUUUCCAUUUUUUGUACACAUCCUUUUUAAUCUUAACUCAGUUAAAAGUUCUUUAGAUAGCCACCCUGGCUUCUUUAGGCACCUUCCAUAUUUCUGUCUCAUUGGUAUUGCCUGAAGUUGUGCUUUUACUAUCUCACUCUUAACAAACUCCCAGCCAUCAUGAACUCCCUUUCCUUUUAGUAUUACUGUCCAUGGGAUCUCACCCAGCACUUCCCUAAGUUUUAUGAAGUCGGCUUUCUUAAAGUCAAGAAAUUGAGUCCUAGUAUGCUUGGCUGCUCCUUUCCGCUGUAUAGUAAACUUCAGAAGAGCAUGAUCACUCGCGCCUAAUGAUCCUUCCACUUCUACCCCACUAACCAGGUCAUCAACAUUGGUUAGGACCAGAUCUAAAAUGGCUGUUCCUCUUGUUGCUUCUCCCACUUUCUGGACAAUGAAGUUGUCUGCAAGGCCAGUGAGGAAUCUGUUUGACCUUAUGCUCUUGGCUGAGUUUGACAUCCAACAAAUAUCCGGGUAAUUGAAGUCCCCAUUACUACUAUCUCCCUUCCUUUUGCAUGCUUGGCCAUCUGUUCCAGGAAGGCAUCAUCUAUGUCCUCCGUUUGGCUUGGGGAUCUAUAGUAAACUCCCACAAUGAGGUCUCUGUUAUUCUUUUCUCCCUUAAUUUUGACCCAAAUGCUCUCACUUUGGCUUUGAGGUUCUAAAUCUUGGAUCUCUUCACAGGUAUACACAUCCCUGACAUAUAACGCCACUCCUCCUGCUUUCUUGUCUGGUCUGUUUCUCUGAAAUAGAUUGUAUCCCUCCAUUAUUACAUUCCAAUCGUGGGACUUAUCCCACCAGGCUUCAGUGAUGCCUAUUAUGUCAUAUUUAGUUUGCUGUACCUCAAAGUGGUUCUAACCCUAGCCCAAGCGCCCCCUGCUCACCUGGCUGUUACACCUGAAAGUUGGGUGUGAGCUGGGCCGGAAGCAAGCUGCAGGCAGAAGCUGAGCACAGAGCCAAGGUUGUGACUAUGGAAGGACGAGCCCCUCCCUCUUAGGGACAGGUGGCAAUAAGCCCUAUAUAUCAUAAAGGCACCAGAGUCUCUCCUGUCCCUCACUCCCAGGAAACCCAGCCAUGGGCAAGCACUGCAACCCCAUGAAUCCCACAGCUUGCAGGCUGGGUGGCGAUGACUGAAAAGCCGUGCAAAGGGGGAGAAACGUCCUCGCCUGGUGCUGAAGGCCCCUCUUGUCAUCCCCAGAGGCCCCUUUUCCUGGCUGUGCUCUGCCAGGCCUGAAGAGGGCUGUUCUGAGGUGGUCCUCACCCAUCACCUUCGUGUCUCUUUCAGGCAGGCAGAUGCCCAGCAGCCCAGCCCAGCAGGAGGAGCAUUCCUGGGCCCGCGCCCUCCGCCGCCGCCUGGCUACCCAGAUCCAGGAGGCUGGGCAUGCGGAGCCCAAGGAUGUGGAUGCGCUUGUGGCGGAGCUGACCGCCGUCUUCCGCACGGUCCUGGAGAGAAGCAGUCGCCGGGCCUGGCUGCGCCUGAUGGAGGCGCUGCGGCUGAUCGCCCCCUUCCAGCAGCUGCUGUCGAGGCGGGCAGAGCUGGCCCCCUACCUGGAGGGCCUCUAUUUCCAGUUCCGCAGCAGCCAGGCCAUGGUUUCUGACCUAGAUAUUCUGGGGUCCAUCUGGCGGGCCUUCCCCACGGACUGUGCUGUGUUGUGGGCUGACCCACGAGACUUUUGCCCCCGAGAGCCUAAGGAAAUAGCCAAGCAGCUGCCCUCCAGCAGAGAGCCAGUCUUUCUGGGCCAAUCCUGCCCUUUUGCGAUGGAAUGGGUAGCGGCUGGGGCCUCUGGCAUGCUGCAGCCAGAUCCCGUGUCCCUCCAGGAGCUGCAGAGAUGUGUGGGGCAAGUCGGCAGGGAGGUGGCUCAAGAGGAGACCCCCCGACCUGGCAGCCUUGGCCUCAUGCCUCUAACUCUAGCUGCAGAUGUGCCAACAGAAUUCCCCUGCGCUGCUCCAAGCCGGACUGCAGGGUAAGGCCUCCCCAAGCCAACUUGGCUCACCCCGGGGCGUUUCUCCUGACAAAUGUCACACAGACGAUUCUUUCCAAUUUUGAUGCAGGCCCUCCCUAGAGCCACGCAAAGAAAGCCCAGGACCGCCCACAGUGCCCAAGAGGAGAGCUGGGGCAGCAGGAGACAGAGGAGGAGAGAUGGUGACGAGUCUUGAGGCAGCUGAGCUCUUUGCAAGGAAGCGCCAUUUGGGGAAAAUAAGUUUCAUUUACUUCAACGUUGCCCAGAACCGGCACUUCAGGUACCCCUGUUUUCUUGCCCUGGCUGCCAAUCCCAUCAUGCAAGUGGGUCCCCCUCCCUCCCUCCUUUGCUGGGGGGGAGCGGGAAAGGAGGUGAAUUCUGCUCUGUCUGCCCAGCCCUGUCUUGCCGCCUCUCCCCAGGGUCUUCUCAGAGGCCUCUCCCAGCUUUGGCCCCCCUAGAGUCCGUAGACGUGAGUCCAGAACCUGAAUCAUAGAUCAUAGAGACUCUUGAGGACCAUCGAGUCCUGCAGUGCAGGAAGAUGCAGCUGACCCAUGCAGGGAUUGGACCAGCAACCUUGGCAUUCCAUGCUCUUCUGGCUGUGAUUCAACACUCGCCUGGGCAGUCUCACUGAUGGGCACAGCACUUUGUAGAGCUGCAUAAGGUUGGGGGGAAAGGUUGUAGCUUGUGGGGGGGACACAAACAUUGCAUGCAGAUGGUCCCAGGAAAGCCCCUUGUCAGCGUUGACAGAGCUGAACUCGAUAGACCCGUGGUCUGGCUUGACAAAUAAGGCAGCUUCCUGAAUUUCUGUCUCUUCCUUGAGCUUCCAGGAAAAGCCUGACAGCAGAGAGGGCAGGACGGAGCGAAGGGGGCGAGGAUGCCCUGCUUUGCUUCCCUUGGAGGCUCCUGCAACUCUGCCCCCCCCUUUUUGCAGGCCUUAUGACCUGGUGGCUGUUCCCAAGCGUCUGGUCAACCCUCAGCACUACAUUUUCUCCCCUUUUGGGGUGCUGCAUGUGCACCCUGAAGAAGGGUCGGAGGCCUUUUCCCUGGGCGAUUUGCACCGGCAGGCCGUGCUGUGGCAGCUGUUGCAGUACAUCCCCUUCUUCCGGCUUUUCUUGGUCCGCAAAGCCUUUGUCCGGUAAGGGGGGGGGCGAGGAAGUGCCAGGCCAAAGUGAUGCGGGUGUUGUCCUCCUGCGUUGUGUGGUGGGUCUGGGUUGCUGCCGCCGCAAGAGAGCAAAGGCAGAGAGCGGCUUCCCCAGUCUCAGUGACACGUUUCUCUCUCUCAUUUGAUCAUGCUUUUAAUAUUCUGUUGGGAGCCGCCCAGAGUGGCUGGGGAAACCCAGCCAGAUGGGCGGGGUAUAAAUUAUUAUUAUUAUUAUUAUUAUUAUUAUUAUUAUUAUUAUCUCCCCACCCCCCGCCAGUUGGUUCGUCAAUGUCAAGCACUUGCAUUACCUGAAGUGCCGGGAGAAGCUGAGCUUGCAGCUCCUCCACUCGGUGCCCCACUUUGGACUUGCUCUUCUUCACAUCUCCAGGUGAGGCAUGGGGGUGGGGAGGCCCUGGAGUGGGGACCCGCUCCCCCUUUGGGGGCCUCUGCUGCUCCUUGGCCCCGGCAGGCAGCUGUGCCGUGUCCUUCCUUUGCAGGCUGCUGCUGCAGCUGCACUCCAUCCACUGGCUGCCAAGAAGCAGAGUCAAGUGCUAUACCUUCUCGGAUCUCAAGCGCGCCCUGGCCCAGGAGAACAGAAAUGCCCAAGGAUUGCUCAGCAAAUUCCUCCAGCUCUGCUCCUCUGUCUUGCAGUGGGUGAGCACCAGCAGUAUCCCUCGGCUGUGCGGGAGCCGGGAGCCCACGCUCCCUCUGGCACAGGCUGGGGCAAACUCCCCAGGGCUGCUGGGAGAUGCUUCCCACCCCAGGCUGCGAAUUUCCCUGCUAAUUUCCAGACGUCUCCUGAAGAUCUUGUUAUGCCAACAGGUCUAUUCAGUCACUUAAACUUUUACAAGUUGAGCCAGUUGUUUUUUAUAUUUCCCCCUGUUGCUUUAAUGGUUUUUUGUUUCAUUGUCAUUUUAUAUUUUGUUAUACACCACCUUGAUGUCCUGUUUAUUCAUUUAUGUUGCCCUUCAUCUGAAGAUCGCAGGGCGCUUCGCAACAUAACAAUACAAAAUGAGAACACAAUGUGCAUAGUAAAACAAAAACAUCUUCUAUUGCUGUUUUUACGCAGCAAAGCCCAUGAGGGUUUGGGCCCCUGGAAUCCCUUCCAUGACGUUCUUGAGAGUGACCCUGCUAGUGACACCCGGGUUCAAGACUGCCCCGUUCCCCAGUGCCAGUGACUUGGGCCACCCUGCUUCAUGCAGGGAAUGGCUGGGCUCCUGCAAGGGGCCCUUUGGAAAUGUGCGGUCAGGCAGACUCCUGUUGGCAGGCAGCCGUGUGGAUCUGUCUGCAUGUAUCUGCUGCAGAUAGGUCUGCCUGUCUGGGCCCAGGGGAGGAGCCUGGCUGGCGGCUGCUGCACCCCGGCCCGCGGUGGCGUCAUUGCUGCAUGCCUUGCUCUGGCAGGUCCGGGACGACACAUACAGGAUGGUCCGUGGGCUGCAGCAGCAGGUGCAGAGCUACAAGCUGUACAUCACCAAGGCUUCCCUGUACAAGCAGCGCAUCGACUUUGAGAAGCUGCAGCACCGCCUUCAGAUCGCCGAACACUGGCUGCAGAGGCUGGGCUUCCUGGCCCUGCUGGUGAACCUCCUCCUCUGCCAGAACCUGGUCUCUGCAAUGCAAGAGGAAGUCAGAGCCUUUAUCUAUGACACCAUGAAGGUCCCGUAGCCCAGGGAUACCUGCUCUGGGGGGGGGGGUGGCGGGGGGGCAGAGUCUGUUGUGGUUUUCAGCUUCUGCUCCAGCAGGGGAUUCAGGGUCGGCCUCCAGAGUCUGGCUCAGUUCUUUGCUUGUGGAGCAGACAGGAUGCCCUGCCUUACUGAGGUUAUUAAUACUGUGCAUUUGGAAAGAAUAACAACAACAACAACAACACUUUAUUAGUUAUACCCCGCCCAUCUGCCCAGGCCUUCCCAGCCACUCUGGGUGGCUUCCAACAGAAUAUUAAAAACACAAUAAAACAUCAAACAUUAAAAGCUUCCCUAAACAGGGCUGCCUUCAGAUGUCAGAGAGCUGUUUAUUUUCUUGACAUCUGAUGGGAGGGCGUUCCACAGGGUGGGCACCACUACCGAGAAGGCCCUCUGCCUGGUUCCCUGUAACUUUGCUUCUCACAGUGAGGGAACCACCAGAAGGCCCUCGGAGCUGGACCUCAGUGUCCAGGCAGAACGAUGGGGGUGGAGACACUCCUUCAGGUCUACUGGGCCGAGGCUGUUUAGGGCUUUAAAAGUCAGCGCCAACACUUUGAAUUGUGCUCGGAAACGGACUGGGAGCCAAUGUAGGUCUUUCAAGACCGGUGUUAUGUGGUCUCGGUGGCCACUCCCAGUCACCAAUCUAGCUGCCGCAUUCUGGAUUAGUUGCAGUUUCCAGGUCACUUUCAAAGGUAGCCCCACGUAGAGAGUAUUGCAGUAGUCCAAGCAGGAGAUAACCAGAGCAUGCACCACUCUGGCGAGACAGUCCGCGGGCAGGUAGAGUCUCAGCCUGCAUACCAGAUGGAGCUGGUAGACAGCUGCCCUGGACACAGAAUUUACCUGCACCUUCAUGGACAGCUGUGAGUCCAAAAUGACUCCCAGGCUGUGCACCUGGUCCUUCAGGGGCACAAUUAGAAUUAUGGAUAUCUUUACCCAGAGCUGAAAUCAAAGCUUUGCAUCUCCCAAACAGGCUCUUUUUAGCCAGAGGCUAUCUCCCGGAGAAAGACUUAGCACACCAUUCUCUUCAUUGAUUUCAGAACAAAAAGCUAACAUACACAAAAUGGAUCCCUACAGAUUAACAAACACAUAGGGCUGUAAUACAAUCCUUUCUCACCUUGUGACAGAGCUAGCAGAGAUGUAUUCUCACUCAUCAUAAACUUGUUAGGCUCUCUGCAACUCUAGUUUAGCAGAAUGGAAGUUUCCAUACCAUGCUACACAGUAUACAUAUAGACACAUACUGUACAGAGUUCUUUCACAUUUCAGGGUACAAUUAGUUACACUUAACAUGUCUAGGGCGCCAGAAGCCUUUUCACCUGCCGCUUGGUGUCUCCCCGCAGGCCGAUGGCAUCAAGCGGAAAGCGGUCCUCCAGGUGCACCUGGUGUUUGGCGCUGACAGGCAGCUCGUGCUCUUCCCCUCCCACAAGGAGCUGGAGGACUGCCUGCUGGGGGCUGUGAAUACGGUCUUGGAGUCCGUCCUGCAGGUGGGUCAGCUUCCUGGUCAAACACCACACAAGGAGGGUCCCUCCUCCCUCUCCCUCCACCCCACAACUUCCUGGCUUCUUGUGCCUUGCACUUAACCACAUUUCCAUGCAGUAGGUGGCAGGGGCUGCCCAGAAGUGUUUGGGAAGGGGCUUUGCCCCACCAGCUGAGUAGACUUUCUGUUCCCUUCAGACGACCCGGGUCAAAAGUGAGGGGUCAGCGCCUCCGGAGAACCCUCAGAGCACUACAGCUGAAGCUGAGCACCAUGCAGCCAAGCCGAGUGGUAAGCCAGGGAGAGGACAAGCCCCAUCCCAGUGGGCCCUUGCCUGGCCUCCUUGGGCUCUCCUUGGGGCUGCUCAAGGGGUAGGGGUGGGGUGUUGGACUAGGCCUCUCCAGAAGUGACACCAAAUCUAUGCCAGCUCCUUCUUGCUCCAUCCACAUCCACACCAUACCUUGAAAGCCCCCUUAUACCACUUUCCCCCACCCUAUGAAUCCUGGGAACUGUAUAUUUUUUUUAAAAUGAUAUUUAUUAAGGUUUCAAUAAAAGAUUAAACAAAAAAAAUAAACAAAAAAUACACAAUUCAAAAAAGCACAAUACAUAAUCCAAAAAAAAGAGAAAAAAGAACAAAGAAAAAACAAAAUACAAGACAAAAAGAACAAUUAAAAACAAUAUCACCUUUUCGUUUCCAUCUUUAAAUUUACUUGUUUUCUGGACCUCCUCAUACCUCCCUCUUUUGUAUUUCAGUUCAAAUUGUUUGUCCAGCAAUUUCUUUCCCUCUUUUUUAAUCCCAAUCUUUAAUCUUAAUAUAAUAUAACAUUAAAAUUUUACCUCUUAAAAGCCAAAUUUCCAUUUCCUUAAACUUCUUUAAUCCUAAUCCUUAAUCUUACCGUAUUUUUUGCUCUAUAAGACUCACUUUUUCCCUCCUAAAAAGUAAGGGGGAAUGUGUGUGCGUCUUAUGGAGCGAAUGCAGGCUGUGCAGCUAUCCGAGAAGCCAGAACAGCAAGAGGGAUUGCUGCUUUCACUGCGUAGUGAUCCCUCUUGCUGUUCUGGCUUCUGAGAUUCAGAAUAUAUUUUUUCUUGUUUUCCUCCUCCAAAAACUAGGUGCGUCUUGUGGUCUGGUGCAUCUUAUAGAGCGAAAAAUACGGUAGUUUAUCUAUAACUUUAAAUCCCGUACAGCUGGAAACCACUCAUUUUCAAUCCAACAUCCUGGGAAUCCUGGGAACUGUAGUUUAUGAAGGGUCUUGGGAACCAGCUCUGUGAGAGGUCCCAGCAUGCUUAGUGAAGUACAGUUCCCAGUAUUCCUGGAAGAAAAGCCACGACUGUUAAAGUGAUCUAAGAGUGCUUUAAAUGUAUGGUGUGGAUGUGAACCGUGAGCUUGCCGAGUCUUCUCCCCUUGCUUGGUGUAUGUGCUCUGCUUUUGUGGUGCAUUUGCCAUCUUGUAGGGGUGGGUCGUUGUCUUUUCCACCUUGGCCAGGUGACAGUGCUUGUUCUCCUCCCCUGCAGCUGCAGAUGUGAGCAGUGGGAGCGCCAUUCCUCAGCAGGCCUCCCUGGAGCCCCUCAUUCAGCCCAAGCGGCUGUCGACAGCAGAGCUCUGCGGUGAGAAGCCCCAGCUGGUAUAUCAGAUGGACGUGAAGGUAUAUGGUGGCCUGGAGGUCAUUGGCCACCGGCUGAAGGGCAUGUACCCCUUGCUGUCACGGGAGCAACUGGAGAAGGACCUGAGGUCAGACCGCAUCAUCCAGGAGGCUACUGAGGAGCUGCGUGCCCUGCUCAUGGUGAGCGCCCCCUGGAAGUGUGGGCUGAGCUGGGGCUGGGGCUGCUUCUAGGCUUGACAGCCGCCUGCUCUGGUUCUGCCUGGCAUAGGGAGCUGUAGCAGCCAGGGUUUGGGGCAGGGGCUUGGAUUGCUUUGUCUAGGGACUUACCCAGCGCCAGUGAAUUUGGACAAAACUGGGGCCCAUUCUUUGGUGAGCUGAGCAGGACCUCCGAGGCAACAGUAUAGCAAAGGGACAAGAGCAGGCCCUGUUCUCCAGAGCUGCCUCUUUCCACGUUGCACUCUGUUCCUUUUGCCUCAGGUGCCAUGCAGACUCCAUCCUAGUAGAGAAGGAUCUGGGACAUACAGAGGACCAUUAUCCAGCCAAUGCGUGAUAGCAACUCAGAGAGUGCAAAAACUACUUGGGGGAAGAGAGAAACACUGCAAAUGCAAUGUAGAAUUGUAGAGAGGGAUUCUAGAUGAGGGUCAUUUAGUCCAACCCCCUGCCAUGCAGGAAUCUCAAUGACAGCCAUCCAACCUCUGCUAAAAAAAACUUCCAAAGAAGGAGAGUCUGCAACCUCCCGAGGGAGCCUGUUCCUCUGCCAAACAGCUCGGAAGUUCUUUCUGAUGUUUAGUCAGAAUCCUCUUUCUUGUACUUCAAUCCAUUGGUUUGGGUCCUACUAUCCAGAGCAGGAGAAAGCAUGGAGUGCUUGGUCUUAGAAGAGAGAACAAAGUGGGGCACACUGGUCUCUACAGACACACUCUAUAGGAAGGACAAGGAAAGGUUCCCCCGAGAGGUAACCGUCUCAAACAGGGCAUGGAGUCCAGCAAGUUCGAAAUCCCCAAAGGGGCAGAGUGCUCCACAGAGUGCUUCCAUAGGCAAGCAGACAAUAAGGAAUGUAAAAAAAAUAACCUUGAGACACAUUAUUGCUAAAAUCAUAAAGACCCAAAACAUUUAUCUCUUUUUUGCACCCCCUGACCAGAACUCCUGGGAGGUGGGAGCAGGUUGGCUUCCUCCUGAACCAUGGGGUGUGGGGAGAGCCAGGCCCCGACAUCUGCAGGGGAAGUGGGGAGAGCUGCAGAGCAUGUGCAGGGUUCCUUUCCGGCAGCCCUGACUCGUGGGUCAGAGGGCUGGGGCCAGGUCCAGCAUGGCAAAGGCCUCAGCUGAGUACUGCCCCUUUCCCCACCCACAGAUGGCCCUGACCGAGACAGAACUGCUGUGCCGACAGUAUACCUGGCUGGGCGAGAUCUACAACUUUGUGCACAGCUGGAGCCCUAGCCAGCUGGAAAGCAUGAAGAGCUGGCCGGCCGAGGAGUAUGUGAACCGCAUCCUCAAGCUGCGCACGUGGGUGGCCCAGGUCCAGAAGGUGCCCCGCGUGGUCAUCACACACAACCUCCUUCUCUUAGUGGACUGCAGCGGCAUUCAUCAGGACCUCCGUAUGUGCCGGGGAGGGGUGGGAGCAAGGGGCCAUGCUGGAGUUCCCGCUCCACUGGGGGGGGGGGGGCAUUUUCCAGCCUGCUCUGUCCUUGCAGUGCCUCUGCUGGCCUCCAUCAAUGAGGACAUCCUGAGCUUGCUGCUGAGCGAGACUGCGCAGCGGAGCGAGAAGCUAAUUGCUGAGCUGUCUGGCGUCCUGCAACUCUACAUGAAUGUUGGCACCGACAUCUUCACCAUUGCCAAGUGCUCCCAGAAGGUAGGAUUCCUCCCCCUCCCCACCUGGCAGGCAGGGAGGCAGAAAGGCCCUUGCCUUAGCUAGUAUUCAUGGUCAUCUGGGAAUCUUCAGCUCACGCCUUCAGUUAAUGUGCAGAUUCACUGUUCCCAUGUUAUACCUUGCCUGCACAUCUCCAGGUUGUAUGUAAAAAGAAAAGAUUCCUCUUGCUUGCCUAGCCUAGUUGGGGCCCAGACCACUCCUUGCCAAUAGAUAAGCCCUGCAUUGCAAUCCUAUUAUUAUUAUUAUUAGUAGUAGUAGUAGUAGUAGUAGCAGCAGCAGCAGUAUACCACCCUUCAUCUGAAGAUUUCAGGGUGGUUCACAGCAUAAAAAUACAGAAUAAAAACACAAAGUGAAUAGUAGUAGCAGUAGUAGUAGUAAUAAUAAUAAUAAUAAUAAUAAUAAUAAUAAUAAUAAAAACAAUGGUCCUAAAGGAUCUUUUCUGGCUCCCAGCAUGUUUCUGAGCACAAUUCACAAUUCAAGAGCCCCAAAUGUUGUAAGAGAGAAUUCUCUGCUCAGAACCUCUGAAGCCUUGAGACUGCUCCUGUGAGCCUGGGGUGGGACUAACAGGGAAAGUAGCUCUUGUAUCUUUCCAGGAAGCUUUUGCUACAUGGAGACACCUGCAAGAAGGAGGCUGCUUGUGGGGGGUCUGGCUGGAGAAAGGAGGGGGCUCGGGCCCCUUGCUGUGACACGUUCUUCCAUGGGUGGCUUCAAGGUUGGGUCCCCCUUAGCAGUCUGAGUUGCCAGGGAGCCCUGUCCAAUACAUGAGGAGGGAUCCAGGGGUGAUGGCCAGGAAGCAGAGUUCUGCGUCUUGUUUCCGCCUCUCUGUUUCCACCCUCCCAUUUUUCUGCUGCCAGCUUUGGAUUCCAGGUUCUGCGUGCUCCUGCCUGGAAAACCAAUGUUGUGUAAGGAGCCUGGGCAUUCUAAUCACAUCUGCAGAGGACAGGGCUGAGGGCUGGGGUGGAUUCCCAACCUGGGGCAGACCCAGUUGCUGCGUGGUACAGCCAAGGCUUGUGGGCUAGUGAUGCCCAUCUGGGGCUCUCUGGGGCAGCAGCAACAUCCCUGCUUGACGUGCUUCUUCCCGUGCAGCUGGAGCAGUACCAGGGGCAGAUGGCAGAGCUGCAGGAAUAUGUUGACUACGUGCGAGCCCUCAAUGAGGUCAUCCAGCAAUGCUUCCGCCCUCUUACGCCCAGCGAAGAGAGCCUGGAAAACUCGGUGAGAGACCCAGUUGCCGGGUGGACAGGGAAGGAUUUUGGUGGUGAGUGGAAAAGAAAACCUUGGCAGGGCAAAGUGAUGUGCCAAGCUGGAGGCUGACACUGCUUCAGCAUCACCUGAUAUUGGGCAUCCUUCAUCUUUCAAUGAUGUUCUUGCAAGGAACCUGGUAAAAUGUGGGUUGAACGAGGUAACUGUUAGGGGGAUUUGUAGCUGGUUGACUGACCAAACCCAAAGAAUACUCCUUAAUGGUGCCUCGUCAUCCUGGAAAAAAGAGACCAGUGGGGGGCUGCAGGGUUCUGUCCUGGGCCCAAUGUUGUUCAAUGUCUUUAUAAAUGACUUGAAUGAAGGAAUUGAGAGGAUGCUCAUCAAAUUUGUAGAUGACACCAAACUUGAAGGGGUAGCUAAUGCCGCAGAAGACAGAAUUGGGAUUCAAGACAACCUUAACAGAUUGGAGAACUGGGCCCAAGCUAACAAAAUGAGUUUCAAUAGGGACAAAUGUAAGGUUCAGCAUUUAAGCAGGAAGAACCAGAUGUACAAAUAUAAGAUGGGGGACACCUGACUUAUUAGCAGUAUAUGUGAAAAGUAUCUAGGGAUCUUGAUGGACCACAAGCUUAACAGUGUGAUUCAGCAGCAAAAAAAGCUAAUGCUAUUCUAGGCUGCAUUAACAGAAGUGUAGUGUCCAGAACAAGGGAAGUAAUAGUCCCACUCUCUUCUGCCUUGGUCAGACCACACCUAAAAUACUCUGUCCAGUUCUGGGUGCCACAAUUUAAGAAGGAUGUUGACAAGCUGGAAUGUGCACAGAAGAGGGCAACCAACAAGAUCAAGGGUCUGGAAACAAAGCUUUAGGAGGAACGGUUGAGGGAACUGGCUACAUUUAACCUAGAAAAGAGGUGACUGAGAGGAGAUAUGAUAGUCAUCUUCAACUAUCUCAUGAACUGUCACAUGGAAGGUGAAGCAAGUUUAUUUUCUCCUGCUCUGGAUGGUAGGACCUGAACUAACGGAUUCAAGUUAUAAGAAAGGAGAUUCCAAGUAAACACCAGGAAGAACUUUGUAAGAGUUGUUUGACAGUGGAAUGGACUCCCUCAGGAAAACACGCCUUGUAGGUUUUUAAGCAAAUCUUGGAUGGCCCUCUGUCAUCAAAUCCAGAAUUGGAUUCCACAGUCACCUACGGACACACCACUAAGAUCGUGUUCAUGGAAGACAAUCUUACUCAGCUAUGAGUGAUCGCUAAAGAAGAAGAAGACAAAAGCAAAACAUUGCACAAGAGCCUGCUGGAUCUGGCCAGUGGCUCAUCUAGUCCAGCAUCCUGUUCUCACACUGGCCAACCAGACUUACUUCCUGCAAAAGUGAGUCCAGGCACUGGGCUCUGCUCUAUGCCUUCCACUGCGAAGACAGAUGCCAAGAAUUCAUUCAGCUUCUCUGCAAUCUCCUUGUCCUCCUUUAGCACACCUUGGACUCCCCUGCCAUUCAAGGGUCCCUAGAUGGUCUCCUGCUACUAAUGCAUUUAAAUAACUUUUUGUUGUUGGUCUUUAUGAUUUUAGCAAUGUGCACCAACAUUUUUAGCAUCCCUUUUUGUCUGCUUGCCUUGCUUUUGCCAAGGUUUGUGUUCCCUUUCCUUUGGACAAGACUUCUGCUUCCCAAAGAAAGCUUUCUUGCCUCCAAUAGCUUCUUUGCUUAUUAACCACACUGGUGUCCACUUGGCCCUCAUGGUAUGUUUCCUGAUCUGAUGUACGUAUGCACUCUUGCUGAACUUUUAGUAUUGUGGUUUUAAACAACUCCCAAAUGUUUUGAAGAGAUUUGGCUCUCUUGGUUUUGCCUUUCAACUUCCUCUUUACCAAUCCUCUCAGUUUUGGGGAAGUUUAUCUUAUGAAGCCAAACACUGGAUUUUCUUGGGAACUUGCCAUUUACAUUUAUUAUUAUUAUUAUUAUUAUUAUUAUUAAAUGAGCAAUGCAAAGAAAUAGAAGAAAACAAUAGAAUGGGAAAAACCAGAGAUCUGUUCAAGAAAAUUGGAGAUAUGAAAGGAACAUUUCGUACAAAGAUUACCAUAAUAAAGGACAAAAGUGGUAAGGACCUGACAGAAGCAGAAGACAUCAAGAAGAGGUGGCAAGAAUACACAGAGGAAUUAUACCAGAAAGAUAUGGAUGUCUUGUACACCCCAGGUAGUGUGGUUGCUGACCUUGAGCCAGACAUCCUGGAGAGUGAAGUCAAAUGGGCCUUAGAAAGCACUGCAAAUAACAAGGCCAGUGGAAGUGAUGCUAUUCCAGCUGAACUAUUUAAAAUUUUUAAAAGAUGAUGCUGUUAAGGUGCUACACUCAAUGUGCCAGCAAGUUUGGAAAACUCAGCAGUGGCCAGAGGAUUGGAGAAGAUCAGUGUACAUCCCAAUCCCAAAAAAGGGCAGUGCCAAAGAAUGCUCCAACUACUGCACAAUUGCACUCAUUUCACACGCCAGCAAAGUUAUGCUUAAAAUUCUACAAAGCAGGCUUAAGCAGUAUGUGGACCAAGAACUCCCAGAAGUGCAAGCUGGAUUUCAAAGGGGCAGAGGAACCAGAGACCAAAUUGCAAACAUGCGCUGGAUUAUGGAGAAAGCUAGAGAGUUCCAGAAAGACAUCUACUUCUGCUUCAUUGACUACGCAAGAGCCUUCAACUGUGUCGACCACAACAAACUAUGGCAAGUUCUUAAAGAAAUGGGAGUGCCUGAUCACCUCAUCUGUCUCCUGAGAAAUUUCUAUGUGGGACAAGAAGCUACAGUUAGAACUGGAUAUGGAACAACUGAUUGGUUCAAAAUUGGGAAAGGAAUACGACAAGGCUGCAUAUUGUCUCCCUGCUUAUUUAACUUAUAUGCAGAAUUCAUCAUAGGAAAGGCUGGACUGGAUGAAUCCCAAGCCGGAAUUAAGAUUGCCGGAAGAAAUAUCAACAACCUCAGAUAUGCAGAUGACACAACUUGGAUGGCAGAAAGUGAGGAGGAAUUAAAGAACCUCUUAAUGAGGGUGAAAGAGGAGAGUGCAAAAUAUGGUCUGAAGCUCAACAUCAUAGAAUCAUAGAAUCAUAGAAUCCUAGAGUUGGAAGAGACCACAAGGGCCAUCGAGUCCAACCCCCUGCCAAGCAGGAAACACCAUCAGAGCACUCCUGACAUAUGGUUGUCAAGCCUCUGCUUAAAGACCUCCAAAGAAGGAGACUCCACCACACUCCUUGGCAGCAAAUUCCACUGUCAAACAGCUCUUACUGUCAGGAAGUUCUUCCUAAGGUUUAGGAGGAAUCUUCUUUCUUGUAGUUUGGAUCCAUUGCUCCGUGUCCGCUUCUCUGGAGCAGCAGAAAACAACCUUUCUCCCUCCUCUAUGUGACAUCCUUUGAUAUAUUUGAACAUGGCUAUCAUAUCACCCCUUAACCUCCCUCUUCUCCAGGCUAAACAUGCCCAGCUCCCUUAGCCGUUCCUCAUAAGGCAUCGUUUCCAGGCCUUUGACCAUUUUGGUUGCCCUCCUCUGGACACGUUCCAGUUUGUCAGUGUCCUUCUUGAACUGUGGUGCCCAGAACUGGACACAGUACUCCAGGUGAGGUCUGACCAGCGCAGAAUACAGUGGCACUAUUACUUCCCUUGAUCUAGAUGCUAUACUCCUAUUGAUGCAGCCCAGAAUUGCAUUGGCUUUUUUGGCUGCCGCGUCACACUCUUGGCUCAUGUCAAGUUUGUGGUCAACCAAGACUCCUAGAUCCUUUUCACAGGUACUGUUCUCAAGCCAGGUGUCCCCAUCUUGUAUUUGUGCCUCUCAUUUUUUUGCCCAAGUGCAAUACUUUACAUUUCUCCCUGUUAAAAUUCAUCUUGUUUGUUUUGGCCCAGUUCUCUAAUCUGUCAAGGUCGUUUUGAAGUGUGAUCUUGUCCUCUGGGGUGUUAGCCACCCCUCCCAGUUUGGUGUCAUCUGCAAAUUUGAUCAGGAUGCCCUUGAGUCCAUCAUCCAAGUCGUUGAUAAAGAUGUUGAAUAAGACCGGGCCCAAGACAGAACCCUGUGGCACCCCACUAGUCACUCUUCUCCAGGAUGAAGAGGAACCCUUGAUGAGCACCCUUUGGGUUCGGUCAGUCAGCCAGUUACAAAUCCACUGAGUGGUAGCAUAGUCAAGACCGCAUUUUCCCAGCUUCUUUACAAGAAUAUCAUGGGGCACCUUGUCAAAUGCCUUGCUGAAAUCAAGGUAGGCUACAUCCACUGCGUUCCCUUCAUCUACCAGGCUUGUAAUUCUGUCCAAAAACGAGAUCAGGUUAGUCUGACAUGACUUAUUUUUCAGAAAUCCAUGCUGACUAUUGGUCAUCACAGCAUUGCUUUCUUUUUCUUUUUUUUUUAAUACAUUUUUAUUAAUUUUCAUUGAUUAUACAUAUAUACAGUCUAGAUUACAUAAGUUGCAUAUAACAUAGCUGUUACAAAAAUCAUAUAUAUAGUACACAAUUAUUUAUAGGCUCCGCCGAGCCUCGGACUUCCCUUCACUUUAUUGAUAAGUAUCAGAUAAUUUCUAAAGUUACAUGUUUUAUCUCCUUUACAUAUUUGCCAAACACUGUUAGAGUUAUUCUAACCCUGCCAGAGUCCUCAAAGUUCUAUACUUAUCUCUUAUAUACGUCAGAUAUUUAUUCCAAUUUUCAUGAAACUUCUGGUCAUCCUGGUCUCUUAGUCUUCCUGUUAUUCUAGCUAGUUCAACAUAAUUUAUCAUCUUGUUCUGCCAGUCGUCUAUAGUAGGUAUUAAUUCUGUUUUCCAGCUUUGGGCCAACAUAUUUCUAGCGGCCGUUGUGGCAUAUAGAAACAGAUUUUUAUCCUCUUUUUAAUUUCCUUGCCAACUAUUCCUAGCAGGAAAGCUUCAGGCUUUUUGGGAAAAGUAUAUUUAAAAAUCCUUUUAAGCUCAUUGUAGAUCAGUUCCCAAAAGCCUUUUACUUUCCUGCAUGUCCACCACAUGUGGUAGAACUCACCAUCUUCCUCUCCACAUUUCCAGCACUUCUUAUUCUUCAGUUUGUAAAUCUUAGCCAAUUUCACUGGUGUGAGAUACCACCUAUGAAUCAUCUUCCAGAGAUUCUCCCUUAAUGCCGUACACGCCGUGAAUUUCAUAUUUACAUUCCACAAUUCCUGCCACUUUACAAAGUCAAUGUUGUAACCAAUGUCUAUGGCCCAUUUUAUCAUAGCCUCCUUCACCUCUUCAUCUUUUGUAUACCAAUCCAGUAAAAGGUCAUACAUCCUAGAUAAUGUUUUGUUUUUGCCUUCAAUAAUUUCUACAUUAAAUUUAGAUUUUUAUCUUCAAAUCCCAGUUUCUUUUUAUCAUCUUUUAACAGAUCAUUCACUUGAUGGUAUUGCAACCAUCCCGUAAGUACAUUCUUUACCUCCUCAUAGGGCUUGAGUUUUAUGCCCUGAUCAGUUUUAUUGAUAAGUUCUUCAUAGGUGGCUCUUUUCCCUUCCAUAUUAGUUUUUUAACAGUUAAGACAUCAAUUGGUGAGAUCCACCAUGGAGUUUUCUUUUCCAGCAAGUUCUUAUUUCUUUCCCAUACUUGAAAUAAUGAUCCUCUGAUUAUAUGAUUUAGAAAGCCUCUAUGAACUUUCACCUUUUCGUACCACAGGUACGAGUGCCACCCGUACCUGUUAUCAAAGCCCUCUAAAUCCAAGAUAUCAGUAUUCUCUAACUUUAUCCAGUCUUUCACCCACAUUAAACAAGCCGCUUCAUAGUAUAGACUCAAAUCUGGUAAAGAAAAAACCCCCUCUUUCUUUUUGUCUACCAAUAUUUUCAUUUUUAUUCGUGGUCUUUUCCCCUGCCAGAUAAAUCUCGCUAAGAUCCUUUGCCAAUCUUUACACUGUUUUAGUCCUUUCAUUACUGGUAUAGUUUGGAACAAAAAUAACAUUCUGGGCAGGACAUUCAUUUUAAUAACUGAGAUCCUCCCUAAGAAAGAAAGUUUCAAUCUCUCCCAGAUUUCUAAGUCUUUCUUGACACCCUUCCAAGUAGCCUCAUAAUUAUCUUUAUAUAAGUUUAUAUUUUUUGCUGUGAUCCACACUCCUAAAUAUUUUACCUUCUUAACAACCGUAAUUCCUGUCCUUUGUUCUAGCUCUGCUAUCUCUUCCUUGGUUAUAUUUUUUGUUAUCAUUUUGGUCUUAUUCCUGUUAAGCUUAAAACCUGCCACUUUUCCAAAUUCUUCUAAUUUCUGUAAGGCUGCUUGUAGACUGUUCUUAGGAUCUUCCAAUGUUAAUAUCAAGUCAUCUGCAAAUGCUUUUAUUUUGAAUUCCUUACUUCCUACCUUAAUUCCUUUAACUUCCGGUGUUUCCCUUAACCUUUUAUUAAACACUUCCAACACUGUUAUAAAUAACAAAGGGGAUAAAGGACAACCUUGCCUAGUCCCUUUGGCAAUAUCAAAGGCCUCCGAUAUAUUGUUAUUUAUUAUAAGUUUGGCAUUUUGCUCUUGAUAAAUUGCGUCAAUACCUUUUCUAAAUCCUUCACCAAUUCCCAUCAUUUUUAAAUUUUCCUUCAUGAAACGCCAGGAGACGUUGUCAAAUGCCUUCUCGGCGUCAAUGAAGAUCAGCGCCGCCUGUUUGUCUAUUCUAGUAUCCAAAUACUCAAUGAUGUCAAUCACAUUUCUUACGUUGUCUUUCAGUUGUCUCCCCGGGAGGAAACCCGUUUGGUCUUUAUGGAUUCUUUUAUUUAAGACUUUUUUUAACCUUUCUGCCAGUACGUCUGCGAAUAAUUUAUAGUCGUUAUUUAGUAACGAAAUAGGUCUAUAAUUUUUUACCUCUAAACCAUCUGUGUCUUUUUUAGGGAUUAAGGUAAUAUACGCUUCUUUCCAGGUGUUUGGAAUUCUCCCUUCUUUUAAUACAUUGUUCAUGACUUCACAUAGCACUGGGGAAAUUUGGUCACUUAAUAUUUUAUAAUAUUUAGCCGAGAUACCAUCUGGCCCCGGCGCUUUUCCUAUUCUCAUUUUUUUAUUGCUUUCCUAAUUUCUUCCUCUGUAAUUGUCUGGUUUAGAUAUUCUCUUUCUUCAGUCGUGAUCUGUUGCAAUUGGUAUUUUUUCAAGUAAUUUUCUAUCUCAUUAUCUAUCUCUCUUUCUCUUUUAUAUAGUUCCUUAUAGUAUUUCUGAAAUAUCUUCUUUAUCUCUUUUGGGUCCUCCACUAUCCUUUCUCCAUCCCUUAUCUUACAUAUCAUGUUUUGUUUUUUCCUCUCUCUUAAUUGCCACGCCAGGUAUUUUCCUAUCUUAUUUGCUGAUUCAAAGUUCUUUUGUUUCAUCAUUUUGAUCCUCCAUUCAAUCUCCUGGUUCACUAUCAUAGAAAAUUGAGCUUGUAGCAUCCUUAUGUUUUGUUUUAAUAUUUCAUCUCCUGGUUUGAUGGUUAAUUGUCUUUCAUUCUCCAUAAGGUGUAGUAAGAUUUCUUCUUUCCUUUUCUCUUUUAUCUUUUUUGAGAUGCUAUUUUUCUGAAUAAGAAAACCCCUCAUGACAGCCUUCCCGGCAUCCCACACCGUUUCUAGAGAUGUUUCUUUAUUCAAAUUCCACUUAAAAUAUUCCUCAAUUGUCUCUUUUGCUUUAUUUGCUAUCUUUUGAUCAUUGAAUAGGUUUUCGUUCAUUCUCCAUCUUAAUGUUCUGAAAUCUUUUCCUUUUACCUCCAUAUAUACUGGAUUAUGAUCAGAUAAAGUUUGUGGGAGGAUUUCAGUCUUAAUUACUCUUUGCGUCAAUUCCUUCGAGACCCAAAUAUGAUCUAUUCUCCCCAGCUUUGAUUUGGGUUUGAAAAGAAAGUGAAUUGUUUUAUCGUGGGGUUUUAAAUCUCCAAGCGUCAAUUAAUCCCAAAUUUUCCACUAAUUCGAAGAAGGCUUUCGGUAAUUUGCCCUCCCUCAUUUCCUGUUUUCUUAUUGAUCUAUCCAAAUUUGGGAGAACCACUCCAUUAAAGUCCCCCAUCAAUAUCAUUUGUUGGUCCAUCCAUUCUAACAAUUUGUUACCUAGUUCAGAAUAAAAUGCUGAUUUUUGUCAUUGGGUGCAUAUAUCCCUACCACGAUUAUCUUUUCUCCUUGGUGGGUGAUCUGUACUGCUAUCGUUCUCCCUCUUCGUCUUUAUGUAUUAAUUUUGGAUCAAAUUUUUCUUUUAUAUAUAGUACCACUCCUCUUUUCUUGACAUUAUCCGAUGCUACAAAGUCCAACACCAAUCUCUUAUUACUUAAAAUUCUUUUAUGUUUUUUGUUACAUGGGUUUCUUGCAGACAGAUUAUGUCAAGGUUCUUUUUAAGCAAUACAUGAGCAAUUUGGUUUCUUUUAUUUUUAUUAUUGAGCCCGUUCACAUUCCACGAGGUUAUUUUUAAGGUCAUUUUUAAUGUACAAUCAGUAAGUGGUCAAAUCUAGGUUAGGUCUACUGCUCCUUGUUAUCUGUCUCUUCCUCUUCUUUUUCUUCGUCUAGGUUUUCCUCCUCUUCUCCCUCUCCACUUUCUUCACCUCCACCCCUCUCUUCCCCCAUCUGCGCCCCUUCUGGAUCCCCCCCUCCCAACCUUCCCAGUUCCUUCUCAUAUCUUCUUGCAAAUUUAUCCAAUUCCAGAGAGCUGGAUAGUUUGAAUCUUUUUCCUUGAAAUAGAAUGAAAUCCCUUCCGGGAACUCCCAUCUAUAUUGGAUCCCUAUCUUCUUCAAUUGGUUAGUUAGUUUUUUAUAAACAUCUCUCUUACGAAGAAAUCUCGAAGGAAUCUCUUUAAAUAUAAUAAUUGGCUUUCCCUCAAUACAUAAUUUUUGAUUAUAGUUUAACUUUAGUAUUUCAUUUCUCAUAUCCAGAGAGUUUAACACAGCAUUGCUUUCUAGGUGCUCACAGACUGUUUGCUUAAUGAUCUGCUCCAGAAUCUUCCCUGGUAUUGAUGUCAGACUGGCUGGGCGGUAAUUAUUUGGGUCCUCUCUUUCCCCCUUUUUGAAAAUAGGGACAACAUUUGCCCUCCUCCAGUCUGCCGGGACUUCGCCUGUUCUCCAGGAAUUCUCAGAGAUGACUGCCAGUGGUUCUGAGAUCACAUCUGCCAGUUCUUUUAAUACUCUUGGAUGCAGUUCAUCUGGCCGUGGAGACUUGAAUACAUCUAAACUAGCCAAGUAUUCUUGUACUAUCUCCUUAGUUAUUCUGGGCUGUGUUUCCUCUGCUGAAUCAUUUGCUCCAAAUUCUUCAGGUCGGGCAUUGUUUUCUUUAUCGGAGAAGACUGAGGCAAAGAAGGCACUGAGGAGUUCAGCCCUUUCUGUGUCCCCUGUUUGCAUUUCACCAUCUUCUCCUCUGAGUGACCCCACUGUUUCUUUGUUCUUCCUUUUGCUACAAACAUACCCAUAAAAGCCUUUUUUGUUGCUUUUAACCUCUCUAGCAAGCCUGAGUUCAUUCUGUGCUUUAGCUUUUCUGCCUUUGUGUCUACACGUGCUGGCUAUUUGUUUGAAUUCCUCUUUGGUGGUUUCCCCCUUUUCCAUUUUUGUACACAUCCUUUUUAAUCUUAACUCAGUUAAAAGUUCUUUAGAUAGCCACCCUGGCUUCUUUAGGCACCUUCCAUGUUUCCGUCUCAUUGGUAUUGCCUGACGUUGUGCUUUUACUAUCUCCCUCUUAAUAAACUCCCAGCCAUCAUGAACUCCCUUUCCUUUUAGUAUUACUGUCCAUGGGAUCUCACCCAGCACUUCCCUAAGUUUUAUGAAGUCGGCUUUCUUAAAGUCAAGAAAUUGAGUCCUAGUAUGCUUGGCUGCUCCUUUCCGCUGUAUAGUAAACUUCAGAAGAGCAUGAUCACUCGCGCCUAAUGAUCCUUCCACUUCUACCCCACUAACCAGGUCAUCAACAUUGGUUAGGACCAGAUCUAAAAUGGCUGUUCCUCUUGUUGCUUCUCCCACUUUCUGGACAAUGAAGUUGUCUGCAAGGCCAGUGAGGAAUCUGUUUGACCUUAUGCUCUUGGCUGAGUUUGACAUCCAACAAAUAUCCGGGUAAUUGAAGUCCCCCAUUACUACUAUCUCCCUUCCUUUGGCAUGCUUGGCCAUCUGUUCCAGGAAGGCAUCAUCUAUGUCCUCCGUUUGGCUUGGGGAUCUAUAGUAAACUCCCACAGUGAGGUCUCUGUUAUUCUUUUCUCCCUUAAUUUUGACCCAAAUGCUCUCACUUUGGCUUUGAGGUUCUAAAUCUUGGAUCUCUUCACAGGUAUACACAUCCCUGACAUAUAACGCCACUCCUCCUCCUUUCUUGUCUGGUCUGUUUCUCUGAAAUAGAUUGUAUCCCCCCAUUAUUACAUUCCAAUCGUGGGACUUAUCCCACCAGGUUUCAGUGAUGAUCAAAAAAACAAAGAUCAUGGCCACUGGUUCCAUCACCUCCUGGCAAAUAGAAGGGGAAGAAAUGGAGGCAGUGAGAGAUUUUACUUUCUUGGGUUCCAUGAUCACUGCAGAUGAUGACAGCAGCCACGAAAUUAAAAGACACCUGCUUCUUGGGAGAAAAGCAAUGACAAACCUAGACAGCAUCCUAAAAAGCAGAGACAUCACCUUGCCGACAAAGGUCCGUAUAGUUCAAACUAUGGUUUUCCCAGUAGUGAUGUAUGGAAGGGAGAGCUGGACCAUAAAGAAGGCUGAUCGCUGAAGAAUUGAUGCUUUUGAAUUCUGGUGCUGGAGGAGACUAUUGAGAGUCCCAUGGACUGCAAGAAGAUCAAACCAAUCCAUUCUGAAGGAAAUCAGCCCUGAGUGCUCACUGGAAGGACAGAUCCUGAAGCUGAGGCUCCAAGACUUUGGCCACCUCAUGAGAAGAGAAGACUCCCUGGAAAAGACCCUGGUGCUGGGAAAGAUGAAGGGCACAAGGAGAAGGGGACGACAGAGGACGAGAUGGUGGGACAGUGUUCUCGAAGCUACCAGCAUGAGUCUGACCAAACUGCGGGAGGCAGUGGAAGACAGGAGUGCAAAUGGCUUGAGAUACUUAUUAGGUCCAUAAAUUACCAUCUCGCAUAUAUUCAACACAUAAAACAGCGGCAAUUUGUAGUUGACAAAGGAGAGCUGGACCCAGAAAGGGCCCCAUUCCCUUCCGGAGCUGAGGGCCGCAUCCAAGCUCCAUCCGGCCCUGGGGGGCCCUCUUCCUCUUGGCCCCCAGCUGCCUUGGCCUCAGGCCCCCCUCCGCCCUGGCUCCCCUGCAGGCGGCCAUUGAGGGGUCUCUCUCUCUCUCUCUCUCUCUCUCUCUCUCCCUCUCUCCCUCUCCCUCUCUCUCCCUCUCUCUCUCCCCUCUCUCUCCCUCUCUCUCUCCCUCUCCCUCUCUCUCUCUCUCUCUCUCUCUCUCUCCCUCUCUCUCUCCCUCUCUCUCUCUCUCCCUCUCCCUCUCUCCCUCCCUCUCUCCCUCUCUCUCUCGCUUCGGCCUCCAAGGCCUUCGCAGAGGAGACCCCGGAUUGCCCUUCCCCGUCCCUGGCUUCUCCUACGGAAGCUUCACUCACCCAAGUCCCCGGCUGCAGGGCCUGCUUUUCCUUUCUUCUGUGAGGAGCGGAGACAUUUUUCUCCUCAGAACAGACCGGGAUGGAGCCGGCCGGGCCCAGACAUGGCAGCCGCCCUCCGGCUGAGGCCUUUUCCCGCCCUUUCCCUCCCCAGCUCAAAAUGGCUCCCUCAGAGCGCUGCCUCUCAAGGGCCUCGGCCCAAGCAAGCUCUGGCUUUCUGGAUUCCUUCCUGACCUUUCUAUCCCGUCUUUCCCUUCCAAGGAGCUCCCGGGGGCGGACAUGGUUCUCCUCCCCAUUGCCCUGGGAGGCAGGCUGGCCCUCAGGAGGUUUGGCAGGAGAUCCAAAGGGAUUUCUCCCUCUCCACUGAUCAGAAUAAAAUACCCCCAAGCUGCUUAUGAAAAGAAGACUUGGGGUGGAGGUGUUUGCAAGGGCAGCUCUAAAUAGCUUCAGCUGGAAAUCAUCCAUUUUUACCUCAGGAGUCCCUGAGGAGUUUUAGGAACUCCCCUAGAAAAUGGAUCGGAAGUGCAGGAAACGCCAGGAGUGUCUUUCCCUAGUUUCUGGAGGCUUCUCCUUUAGCUUUUGAAAAGGUAGAUUUCCUUCUCUUAAAAUAAGACGUUUUUCAUAACUUUUGAAUGUAACCGGCAGAUGGAAAAUCAGAAGUUCUUUUUCUCUUUCUAUAUUGCUUCUUUUCCUCUUCUCUCUUCUCUUCCUUCCCUAUCUUCUGUCUGCUUCUUUUUCUUUCUUUUCUUUUUCCUUUUGUAACUUUUUCCAUCUAUUUUUUAUGUACAUUCAUUUUCUAUAUCUUAAAGGUAAAGGGACCCCUGACCAGUAGGUCCAGUUGUGGCCGACUCUGGGCUUGUGGCGCUCUUCUCGCUUUAUUGGCUGAGGGAGCCGGCGUACAGCUUCCGGGUCAUGUGGCCAGCAGGACUAAGCCGCUUCUGGCGAACCAGAGCAGCGCACGGAAACGCCGUUUACCUUCCCGCCGGAGCGGUACCUAUUUAUCUACUUGCACUUUGACGUGCUUUCGAACUGCUAGGUUGGCAGGAGCAGGGACUGAGCAACGGGAGCUCACCCCGUUGCGGGGAUUUGAACCGCUGACCUUCUGAUCGGCAAAUCCUAGGCUCUGUGGUUUAACCCACAGCGCCACCCGUGCCCUUUUCUAUAUCUUGCUGUACUUUGAAAAACUUUCACAAUACAGUCAUAGAAAACUAAUGUACAUAAAAAGAAAACUCAUUUCCUCGUUGCCAAUCCUUCACCUUGUAGGUCUUCUUCAGAGUUGGGGGCUUUGUCCUCUGAUGCUCAACUCAGCGCUUUCCAAGGGGAUCCUGAUGUGCUUUUAUCCCCAGACCACUUUCCAUUCAGUUUUCCAUAGAGCCCCAAACCUGGGAGGGCUUCCCUCUUUCUGCCCUAGCUGGCCGUCCCCAGAUGUCCGGUGUGUCCGACAUUUUUCUCUCAGACAGAAUGUGAGCCUUUCCUGUUUGGCUCUUCUUUCUCAGGUCCAUCUAAGGAGAUGAAGGUGUCCUCAUCCUUUAUUUUCUAAAUGUCUUAAUUUGUGUAUUACCCAGGCAUAUGGGGAAGUCCUUGGGGACUCUCCACUCAUUCUUUAAGGAAAUGGCACCUUGGCUUGUUUUAAAGGACAAUUUCCCGGUUGUUGACAUCUGCAGGGCAUCCCCUUGGACCUCACAUACUUUGGUGAAGCCCUAUAGAUGGUUUUCCCCCAGCUGACACUGAGGAAAGGUGCUCAGAGGGUUGUUCAUAUUUGGUUUUGAUGCAGAGGAAUCCCAGCCCAUCCUUUGGGGAUCCUGCUGUGCUACGUCCUGUUCCCUGAAUGCCCUCCAGUCCAUUCUGGCCAAAAAUGGAAAUUGGUACCUACUGUGAAUUUCUGUUUGAGGAGUGGACUGGAGGACAUUCAGCCACCUCUGUUUCCCCCUCAGCAUUCUCUUAGUCUGAUUCAUAUGUUUUUGUUUUCAUGCAUUCAGUGGAGGUGUAGCUGUGUUACUGACAUGCUUAUGUUCCAACUGAGCUUCUAGUAUUGUGGUUCUUCAACAACCCCCAAGUAUUUUGAAGAGUUUUCACUCACUUGGUUUUGCUUUUCAACUUUCCUUUUACCAGUGCUCUCACUCUUGGUCAGUUUUCUCAUUUGAAGCCAAAAGUGACCAUGUUGGAUUGCCUUCGUGACUGGCACUUUAAAUAUAUCUUGAAUUUGAUAUCACUACAACAUGUCUCACUGAUUAAGUAUCCAUCUCAAGACCACUUGGCAUAUUUGGGUCGGGAGGAUGAUACAUAGCUGUCAACAUUUCGCUUUUUUUAAGGGAAAUUCCCUUAUUCCGAAUAGGAUUCCUCGCAAGAAAAGGGGAAAGUUGACAGCUAUGGGAUGAUAGCAUGCCCCCAGCACUAAAUAACUGUGGGCACCCAGUAUCCUCACCCACAAUGACUCUGUGGAAAAGUGGGUCCCCCUGGGAAUUUCUAGCAUGUUGCACUUGUGUGAUGUUGAGCAGGCCACCUCCAGCACACCUUUUCCUUCCUAUAGCGUUUGUGACCAGAGAUAAGCAUGGGGCAGACUUGGUAUGUGCUUGGGAUGGAGAGCAGCCCUUUGGGCUGUGCAGGUUCCUCUCGGGUGAGGUGCCCGGAGAGCCUGGCAUGAGCCUGACCCUCAGCCUUGGCUCUUGCAGCUCCUGGACACCUGGGAUGCCUUUGCGUACCAGCAGCGGGAGGUCUCGGACUUCAUUGUCUCACGGCGCCUCAGCAUCAUCGCUGAGCUCAGUAGCUCCCUCCGGAAAGCGACCCUGGAGCUGCAGGAGCUGCUGACUGUCGUGACAAUGGGGCGUUUCCAGGACCCCUCCCAGAACCCCCGGGCCAUGGAAGAGGAGCUGCGCACUCUCUGCCAGUCCUUCCAGGCCACGGUGUUGCGCAUCACUGAUCUCUGCCGUUCCCAGCGGAUCCUGACAGGUGAGCUGCAGGGUGUCCUUUCCUUGCAAGGAGGGAGCUCCCUUCUUCUGGGCUGGGUGUGAACCCUGCUGCGGCCUUUUGCUGCCUCCUCAGGGGAUUGCAUGGACGUCACAUUCAUCACUGGGAAGCAGGGGGUCAUCGAGAUCCACACUCGCAUCUGGCAGCUUUUCCGCAUCAUCACUGAGCAGAUCACUGAGUGGAAGUGUCUGGCAUUUGUCAAGGUAAAGAGAUGGAGGGGGCUGGGUUGGCCUCUCCCUGCCCAAGGAGAACCACUUUUGGGGUCCCAAACCUCAGUCCCUCCCUCUCCCCCAGCAUGCAACCUAUGUGAGGCUGCCCAAGCAUACCUCCUCUCCUCUCUUCCCCACCCCCAGUUCAACACCGGUUUGGCCAUGGAGAAGACCGAAGAGUGGCAAAAGGAGGUGAUCAGCCUGGAGCACUGCCUGCCCAGCCCAAACCAGGUGCUGCAAGCCUGCCUGCGUGCCAUUGCCAACCUGCAGAAGUACCUCCCUAUCCUCCUGAAACUGGGCAGCCACUUUCUCAAGCUCAGCUGCUGGAAGGAGAUAUUUGCUGGUGAGACCCUGGUGCUCAGACAUGAGGCAGGAAGCCCCUUGGUCCCUGCUGGACCCUGCCCUGGAGGUCAAAGGGCUUCCUCCUCCUCCUCCUCUCUUUCCAUGGUGGGAGCAGUGGGGGUCAAGAAGCCAGCAGGCAGGGAGGUUGGGAAGAAGGCUCCUCUGAGGACUCUGCAGAGCCCAUCUCCUCAGCUGCCCCCCCCUCUCUCACAGUGAUGGGCGUCAAGUGCCCCCUCAACAUGCAGUUCACGCUGGGGCAGCUCCUUUCCUACCCACUCCUGGAGCACAGUGACUCCAUCUUCAGGGUGAGUAGCUUGGCCUGGCAGGUUAGCAGAAGCCGGGGCCCCUGGAGAAGAGGAGGCUCCUUGUGCCCGUGGCCCAGCCUGGCCCCACCCCACCACUUUCUCCUGGGGGCUGUGACCUUCCUUGAUCCCCAGGUCUAUGCUUUGGAGAAGAGCCGCCAUUACGCCAGGGACACCCUGUUCCGCCUGGAGAGGUCCUGGGCCGAGAAGCAGUUCCGCCUCGUCAAUUUCAUCCUCAACGUUCCCCACAAGGAGCCGCCGCCCGAGCGCUUCCGCCGGCACCGCCAGCCCAAGCUGGAGCACAUCUCCAAGGACAGCGGCACGUACGUCUUGUCAGGUAAAGCACCAGAGCGCCAGCCUCAGCUGCAAGGGCAAGGGCUCCUCACGUGGGGAGGGGGGACGGAGCCGUGACCCAAGCAGAGAGAGUCCUCUGAAGGUGGCUCCUGCUGCGGGAGCCCUCGCGCCUGCGUGGCAUGGGCAAAGGUGGGCUCUGCCUCCCCUCCCUGCCCAGCCCUCAUCCUCUGCUCUCGGCCUCAGAUACGGCAGAGCUGAAGGCAAUGGUGGAGCACAGCCUCUUGACUCUCCAGAACAUCAUCCUCUCCCCGUUCUCCUCCGACAUCCUGCUGGAGGCUGAGAGCUGGGCGUCCAUCCUGCGUUCCUUUGGUGAGGAGCUGGGGCAGGAGGCCCUGGGGGAAGGGCAGUUCUGGCGCAGCCCUCUUUUUUGGGGUGGGGGCAGCCAUAGCUCUGGGCCAGCUUGGCCAUGAGGGAGGAGGUGCUUUGCAGCCAAGAGAGAGUCUUCCCUAUCCUCAUCUCCACUUUGUACCUCAGAAUCCCUCCUCGAGGCCUGGGUCAAUUUCCAGCAGAAAUGGGUCUUCUUGAACAUUGUUCUCUACGAGAUGGACAUCAGUCUCCCCAGCUCUGAGCUGGUGAGUUGCAGACGGGCCUCUUUUAGCCCCCGAGCCUCUUGGUUGCCUCUUCCCUUUGGGCGCCCUUGCACUGGUCCCCUGCCCGAAGCCCCUUGCUGCAGCCCAGUCUUCCCCCUUCCCCUUCCAUGCAGGAGUCGCGGUUCCAGCGGGUGGACAGCCACUUCCGAGAGUUCAUACAGGUGACCUGCAAUGACCCGCUGGUGCUGUCCAGCGUGAGGCCCCCCUGUGGCUCCUGCCGCGAGAGCCGCUUUGUGGGGGGUGCCUUGCAAGAAGCCUUUGUGGACGGCUCCAGAGACCUGCAGGUCAUCAUCCGGGCCCUGGACUACGUGCUGGAGGGCACGCGCAUGGGCUUUCCCCGCCUCUUCUUCCUCAGCAACGAGGAGCUGAUCAGCCUGCUGGCCACAGCCUCGGAGCCAGCAGAGGCCUCAGUCUGGGCCCAGCGCUGCUUCCCCGGAGUGCGCCAGCUGGCGCUCAUCGUGCCCUCCGCUGCCCACAACCGUGGCGCCUUGUCAGCCGAGCUGCCGGUGGUCCAGGUGACGGGCCUUGUUGGGGACCAGGAGGAGGAGCUGGAGCUGUGCAGCGUAGUUUGCCUCAGCCGGAAGGCCACCCAGUGGCUCUGCGCCCUGGAGCAGCGCAUGAAAGAGAGCGUCUUUCAGCAGAUGCAGCAGUGUGUGGCCCAGCGCCUGGCCCUGCGGCCCCAGCUGGAUGUGGCCUUCAAGCAUCGCCCUGGCCCCACCGAGCUGCCCCUCCACAUGGUGGUGGAGGGCUGGGCCACGCUGUGUCGCACCUUCCCCAACCAAUGUGUGGUGCUAGCCGAGGAGGCCCUGUGGCGCGCCACCCUGGAGGAGGCCCUCUCAAAUCAGCACUGCCAGCCAGAGCUGGAGCUCAAGCUAAACCUGAAGCUGGAAGCCCUGGCCCACUACGUCCGCAACUUCCGCAACCUGCGCCCCCGCCGGCCCGGCAGCGAGCAGCUGGGUCUGCUGCUGGAAGUCCUGAUCACCCUGACGGUGCAGCAGCGCGACACGCUUGCCCGGCUGCUCCAGUGCCAGGUGAGCUCCCCGCAAGCCUUUGAGUGGGCCCGGCUCCUCAAGUACCGCGUGGCCCUGAGUCCCGAGUGCGCCCGGACAGCGGGGCUCCCUGCUGGCAGCCCCUGGGUGGGCAGCCCCCCUGGCUGCUGGGCAGAAGCCCUUGACCGCCGCUUCCGCUAUGACUAUGAGUACCUGGGGCCCUGCCUGCACCUCCUGGGGAGCCCCUCGCUGGACAAGACCUUCCUGGGGCUGCUCUUGGCGCUGGAUGACUUCCGCUGCGGAGGCCUGCUGGGCCACCCGGACGUGGGCAAGUCUCACACGGUGCGGGGCCUGGCCGAGGCUCUGGGUCGCCAGCUGGUCACCCUGCACUGCACCCUGCAGGUGUCGGUGGGCUGCCUCUCGCGCUACCUUUGCGGGGCGGUGCAUGCUGGCGCGCUGCUGCUGCUGGAGGCGGCGGAGCGGUUGGAGGCAGCGGUGCUCUCGGCCUUCAGCCAGCGUUUGGUUGACCUGCAGCGGAUGUGCCAGAGCCUGCAAGGGGGCCGUGGAGCCACAGCAGGGGUGUCCUCGGGUGGCGGCUCCCCCCAUCCCAGCCAGAGCUCCGAGAGCUCUGAGAGCUCUGAGGGCGAGUUGCAGCCUGCCAUCCCAGUGCUGGAGCUGGGCACCGAUGAGGCCGAGCCCUACCAGCCCCGUGUCCUGGGCAACAUCCUCUUUGGGGGGCGGCUGCUGCGGGUGCGGGAGACCUAUGGCUGCGUCAUCACCCUGGAGCGCCUCCCAGAGGCCCUGUGCCUGGCCAUGCGCCCCCUGGCCAUGCUGCCCCCUGACCUCACCCAGCUAGCAGAGGUCACCCUGCUGGCCGCUGGCUUCCGGGAGGCUACCCGUCUCGCAGAGAAGCUGAACCACUUUCUGCGCCUGGAGGGGGAGCUGAACCCGAAACCCCACCUGGGCCGUUGCAGCCUCGUCCGGGAGGUGGUCAGGGUGGCGGUCAGCAUCCUGUUCAGCCCUCCAGCCGGGCAGGGCUCCCUGACGCUCAAGUCCCGGCCCUCAGGCAGGGCCGCAUUCUUCCAGGGCCUGGAGGAACAGCCGGCCAUGGUCAAAGCGCUGUGCCUCUCCUCGCUGCUCAGCGGCCCUGAGUGCCCACGACUCCAGAACACACGGGACUUGCUGCGCGAGGUCUUUCCGGGAGCCCCCCUGCAGGCCUUUGAGUCACGGGUGCCCUACCGCCUCCAGAGUGCCUUGGUGGCCCAGCUGCACGAGGACAAGCUGCAGCCCGAGCAGGAGCUCCUGAGCAUAGCUGGCCAGCUCUUCCAGGCCCUGCUGGGGGCCCCAGGCGUCCUUCUGCUGGGGCCUGCGGGGAGCGGCAAGACCACCAUGUGGCGCACCCUGGCCAAGGCACUGAGCCGGCUGGCAGCCAGCGAUGCCGCGCCAGGGGCCCACAUGACUGAGGUCAGCCCCAGCAGCCUCUUCCAGCCGACCAGCACCGUCUGCCUGUGGCCGAACUGCCUGAGCGUAGCUGAGUUUGUGGGGAGCCUGGAGGGCAGCAUAUGGCAGGAUGGGGUCCUCUCCCGGGUCCUGCAGAGAGCGGCCACCUCCACCCUGGCACGCAGGACUGGUGAGGGGAGCUCCCAGGAGUGGCUGGUGCUGGAUGGGGCAGCCUGUGCAGAGUGGCUGGAGCCCAUCUCCUCCCUCUUCAGUGCCAGACCUUCCCUCAGUCUGCCGAACGGGCAGAAGCUGCGGAUCCCCAAGAAUGUCAAGUUCCUCUUUGAAAUGCCCAGCACCUCCAACGUGCCCCCCUCCGUCUGCACCCACUACUCCCUGCUGUACUGCGGGGGGGCCAGCCUGUGGCGGGGGCUGCUGGCCUCGGGCCUGGCCCCCGUGUACCGCAUGUACAGCCUGACCCAGGAGAGCCUGGCCCUGCUGCGCAGCCUGGCCGAGGAGCUCUUCCCCGCGACGCUGGCCUUCCUGCGGGAGCACUGCUGCUCGGUGCUGCUCCCCCACCCCCACCCCCAGGACCCCGUGGCCCAGGGCGUCCAAGAGACAACCACCUUCCUGAGGCUCCUCCUUGCCCUGCUGGAGCAACACCUGCGCCGGGACCGGGUCAAGCACCUGCCGCCACCUCCUCCUCCUCCUGCUGCCGCUCAGGAGUCGACAGGUAAGUGACCUGGGAGCAUGUUGAGACCCCAGGGUGUGGGGGAAGGAGCCUCUUCCUGCCAGGGCUGCCUCCCAUGUUGUGGGGCUAUUUCCGUAGAUCCCUAUGCCCUUGGUGUGUUUAGUGGUGGAGAGGCUCCUUGCCCUGGCUCUGUGGAGCGUGGAGCGUGGUGGGGAGCCCAGCUCACCCCAGCCCUUUCCCCACAGACGCCAAGGGCACCGUCUUGGACAGCCGCACUGCCUCCUCGUCCCGUAGUCUGGACGACACCGUCCCUGCCCACCACCACUUGCUGGUGCAGAGCAUCUUUGUUUUUGCCUACAUCUGGGGCUUCGGAGGCCACCUACACCCCAGGUACUCUGGACUCUUUGCACUCUUUGCCUCACAAGGUGGGGGGAAGACCUAAGGAGGGAGAUGUUUAUCAUGGCCCGUGGGGGCAGGGGAGAGCCAGGGAAGAAGGAGCCUUUGGAAAUGCCAGUAAGUGUAUGGAAAGAGAUUGUCCUCUUGGUGCUGUAACCUUCCAAUAGUUUGACAUCACCCCCAAAGGCACACUCCUCCAUAGUCUCCCGAGACAGACGGGCGCCAGCUGCCAACUAGCUGAUGUUGUGUACUGAGGGGGCAGCACAGAGGCCUGAGAAAUGCAAGUGAGGGAGAGACCUUGGGGGAGGGGAGGGGAGAGGACUGGAGGAGCAAAGCGGGUGGGAGCCUGCAAAGACAUCUCCGAAGCCAGCAAGGGGCAUGCCAGCGUCAUAGGGUAGGGCAAGUGAAGAGGUGAGUGGCACUGGAGGUCCUGCGUGGAGGCAAGAGGGCUCUGUCUCUGCCCCACAACCCUCUCUCCUCAUUCAGACCAUCCCAAGCUCUUCUUCAGCCCCUCCCCCCUUGUCUGGUGGUGGAGCAUGGGUUGCCAGUGCCCAGGGCCACUCGGAGGGGUGGGAGGGAAAUGGAUGGAGAACACGCACAUUCAGCUGCCUAAUGGGGCCACGUCACCCAGGAAAUUACAGCUGCAAAGAAAAUAAGAGUUGUUCUGUUGUCUGGAGAGGUUGCUUCCUGGUUGAAAUGUUUUGCCCCUAACAUUUUUUUUCCUGGGGCAACCACCCCCGGGGCCCCCCAUGCUAUGCCCCUGCCCCCAGGCAAGGCCCUGCGACGACAAGGAGGGCUUGGAGAGACCCACUUCAGACUUGGAACAAGACAACCCACAGAAAGCCAGCAGCCAAGAUCCUCUCCUCUCCUCUGCGCUCUGGACCUUGGGCUUUUCUCCCUCGUGGGCAUCACAGUGGUGCAGCAGAGCUGCUUUCGGAAAGGCUGACUCUCCACAGGGGCCAGAACAUCUUACUGUACAUGCAGUACUGCACAUGGGUCCCCUCCAACUCUACGAUUUGAUAUGAUUCUGUUAUAUUGGUGGUGCUGAACAGGCAGGGUGUGAGCCAUGCUGGUGGGUGGGGUGGGGGGAGCAGCAUUUUGGUAUUGCGGUCUUGGGGGCUUCAAAGAGUUCUUCCCCUGCCCUUCGUCUUCCUCCAGGCACUGGCCUCUCUUUGAGCACUUUGCCCGCCAGGCCCUGCACAGGAGCCAGUUCUCCAUCAAGCUCCCCACUGGGCCAUCCGCCUUCGACCUCUGCCCCCUGGCAGCGGAUGGCACCCUGGAAUCCUUCAACGGGUCCUAUCUAUCCAACCGUGUCAAGGUCCUCCCAGUCACCUUCUCUGUCCUGCAGCCCCAGGUAGGGCCAGCCCCUUGGGGGGGAUCUCUGGCUGGGGAGCCCAUGUGUGUUCUGCCAUUCCUUCCUCCCUCCUCAGCAUGAGCGGGCGCUCUUCGUGGUGGACCUGCUCCUGAGCAGCGAGCGUCCAGUCCUGCUGGUUGGGGAGCCGGGCUGCGGGAAGUCCUCCUUUGCAGAGAUGCUGGUGCAACCGAACCACAGCUACCACCGGGUCUGCCUCACCCCUGCACUUAGACCAGCCCACCUGCGCCACCUGCUGCACAAGCGCUUCCUCAGCCUGGCGCGAGACAAGGGCAAGCCCGGGCGGGGGGCAGCUGCCAAGGGACGCUGCCUCUUCCUGGUGGAGGACCUGCACUUGGCCUUUGUGGGUGAGCCAAGGGGGCUGGGGAGGAGAAGGUCCUCUCCCUGCUCCGUGGGGAGGCCGUGAGGGACUUUGCCACAGCUCUUAUGGUCCUCCUCCUCCUCCUCCUGUCCAGAUUCAGCCCGGGGCUCGAGCCCUGUGGUGGAGUCCCUGCGCCAGGCUCUGAGCUACCAGCAGUUCUACCACGGAGAGACCCUGGAGGUGCAGCACUGCCCGGCCACCGGCUUCAACUGCUUUGGCACACUCUCCGUGCCCAUGACAGGCGCCCUGCCCCUCUGCCCUCGCUUUGGCAGGCUCUUCAGCACUGUGGUGUUGCCGCUCACGACCAGAGACUCCCUGCUGGGCCUGUAUGUGGAGCCCGUUCUGUGCUGGCUGGAGAAGUUCCCCCUGCUGUCCCGGCAAAAUGACUUGGCCUUGGCGCUGGUCAGGGCCACCAUCAACGCCUAUGAGACGGCCAAGAGCUUGUUCCCACCCUCUCCCGCCUGCUGCCUCUUCCACUUCUCGCUGCACGACAUCCAGAAGGUGUUCAAGGGGCUGUUCCUGCUGCGGCCCCGCCCAGGCAUCCACCUCAGCAGUCCCCUGGAGGAACAGAACUUCAAGCAGGCGUCCAGCCGGCGCACCUCUGGGGUGACCAAGAUGACCAUGGGGGCGGGCUAUACUGCCCUCCUCAGCACCCGACUGGUCGUCCGCCUCUGGAUACAUGAGUGUCUGUGCGUCUUCUGUGACCCACUGCGGAGGGAGCAGCAGCGGGAGCUCUGCAGGCAGAUGCUGAUGGACGUGGCCAUAAGCGUCUUCUGUGCCAAGCGCAAUGUCAUACGGGUUGCGCAGAGGACCUGGUCCUCCAGCCCCCCCAGGGACCAGGACCACCACCCGCCCAGCAGAGCUGGCAUCACCUUCCACUUGCCCAGCGGGAGCUUCAGCCUUGAUGCAGAAUGGGCAGCGGAGGAGGAGCCAGAAGAAGAGAAGCCCCUCUUCCCUUGGAGUGGUGAGGUGGGCUGCCCUGACCCCUGGGACCCAGUGGAGCAGGCAGCAGCGCUGGCCUUGGACCGCCCAGACCCUGGAGAAGGCCUGGCUGUUUUGGAGCUAGAGAGCGAGACCACAGAGGCGGAAACCGCAGAGGAAGCUGCAAGGAAGCAGACCCCUGCCUCCCAGGGCCGGUCCCCACGCGACCGGCGCCGGGCAUCCCCCAACCGGCUUCACCUCCACAAGGCCAGGCGCCAUGGCUCUCCCAAGAAGGAGAGCACCGGCCCCCUGCUGCCCUCCCACCUCCUGCUGCAGCCAGGCGAGGAGCUCCGGGACGUUGUCUUCAGCAAGGACCUGGGCCCUGACUCCUACAGCCCCAACACCCACAACCCUUACCAAGAGAAGCUCUGGAAGACCCUGGAGAAGCAGCUGAAGCCCUUGCUGCCCAAAAACUUCCUGCUGUGCUUGGAGUCACUGAGGCACAUAGUGCGCCUGAGCCGGCUCUUCUGUGGCCCUGACCGGCAUGGGGCCAUUGUCUCCUUUGCCCGCUGCACAGGGCGGAGGACCCUCGUGGCUCUGGCUGCCCGUGCCACCGCCUCGCUGCUGAUGGAGAUACCUGCCAAAGAGGAUGAGGCAGGGGCCCUGGCCUUGCUGCGAUUGGCCAGUUGGCAGGCAGGCAUCAUGGGCAAGCGAGUGCUGCUGCUGGUGCACGCCGGCAUAAGCCUGGCCACCUUGCACCUGCUACUGGCCCUGAUGGCCGAGGGCACGUGCCCUGGCCUCUACAGCCCAGAAGACACCAUGGCUGUCAUCCAAGCCCUGCUGCAGGAGAACCAGAGCAUCAAGCGGAACAUGCGGGAGGAGCUCAUUCUGCAAAGGUGUGGGGCUGGGGCAGCCCUUGGCCCAGGGGGCUGGCCAGGGAGGACUUGCUUCAGGGCUCAGUCCUGCUUUCUGGCUUUCCUUGCAGAUUCUUCCAGUUUGUGCGUGCCAACCUGCAUGUGGUGCUGCUGCUGGGGGGUGCUGGCUCCUUGGCACUGCCGCCCAUCACAGCCACAGCCCUGGCCCAAGUGCUCAGCAGCCUGGAGGUCUAUCAGCCAUGGAGCCACGAGUCCUUGGUGGCAGUGGCCUCCAAGUACCUCAUGUACCACCAGAAGACUUCAGCCAAGCUCACUCGAGGUGGGUGCCACUGAAGCAGCGGCUGGGAGUGGGGAGGAAGGGCGCUCCCUCCUGUCCCUCCAGCAACAGCAAACAGCCCUGUGCCCCCCGCAGCAGGCCUCCCUGUGUGCCCACCAUGCCGCCACCCCCACUGCCCACUUGUUCUCCACUCUCCUUGGUCUUGGUGAUGGCAGCGUCCCAGUCUCUGUCUCCAUGAUGGACACCCCACCCCAAGCUCUGACCUGGGCAGAUAUGUCCAUUCUCUGUUGUUAGGGCUGACGUCAGUACAUGACCUCAAGGACUUGAUGCAUCGCACGGCCAAGGCCGCCUCCCGGAUCCAUUGCUGUACCAUGGCAUACAUGACUUCCCUGGCCGCCCACCUCCCCCUCAUCAGCCCCAAGACUUUCCUGGAUUUCCUUGACACCUUCCUACUGCUGUUGAGCAGUCUGCAGGAAAAGAAUGCCAAGCAGCUGGAUCGGUAAGUGUGGCUCUUCCACUCAGCUGGGAAGGCGGGCGCAGCAGUGACACCAGCAAACCCAGUUUUCACUUCCUGGGACUUCCGGUAAGGCCCCUGGGUCCAGCCACGUUGCUGCCUUGGGGUGGGGCCAGGAGCUUGGCUGUGGCAUUCUGGAGCAGCUCAAGCCGGUGGGAUUUGGAGGUCCUGUUAUGGGGGCUCCACCCCUGCUCAGUCACUACUGGAAAGCAAUGCGUUUCUUGGCUAACACCGGGAGUUUGUUUCUUGGUUCUGGGGCUGUGGAGUCCCACAAGGGUCCAUUCUGUCUGCUGUACCUUUUAACGUCUACAUCAAACCACUGAGAGCCAUCAUCAAGGGAUUUGGGCGCCAUCAGCAUUCUGGUGGCAGGAAUCUGCCUUUCCAUUGACCCCAAGAGUGAGUCAGUCCUGGGGACCUGCUGUUGUCCCUCUAGUCCAAAUGCUCAGUGUGAUAUUGAGAUGAAGAAAUGCUACUCUAGGCUGCAUGAACAGAAGUUUAGUGUUCAGAUCAAGGCAAGUCAUAGUGCUAUUCUAUUCUGCCUUGGUCAGACCACACCUGGAAUACUGGGUCUAAUUCUGGGUGCCACAAUUGAAGGAUAUUUAUUGACAAGCUGGAACGUGUGCAGAGGAGCACAACCAAGAUGAUCAAGGGUCUAUGAGGAACGUUUAAUAAUAAUAAUAAUAAAUUUUUAUUUAUACCCCGCCCUCCCUGGCCAGAACCGGGCUCAGGGCGGCUAACACCAAUAAAAUUACAAUAAAACAUAAUAGGAAAGGGGAAAAACCUGUUAAUUAAAAUAAGGGUUAAAAUACAAUUUAAAAUGCAGCCUCAUUUUAGUAGUAGCCCAUAAAUCAAAACCAUACGGGGAGGGAAACAUAAGGGUCAGACUGAGUCCAAACCAAAAGCCAGGUGGAACAGAUUUGUCUUGCAGGCCCUGCGGAAAGAUGUCAAGUCCCGCAGGGCCCUGGUCUUUUGUGACAGAGUGUUCCACCAAGUCAGGGGCAGUACUGAAAAGGCCCUGGCCCUAGUUGAGACCAAUCUAACCACCUAGUGGCUCAGGACCCCCAAAGUGUUGUUAUUUGUGGACCUUAAGGUCCUCCGCAGGGCAUACCAGGAGAGGCGGUCCCAUAGGUACGAGGGUCCUAGGCCGCAUAGGGCUUGAAAGAUCAAAAGCAGCACCUUAAACCUGACCCUGUACUCCACCGGGAGCCAGUGCAGCUGGUAAAGCACGGGAUGAAUGUGAUCCUGUGGCAAGGACCCUGUAAAGAGCCUCGCUGUGGCAUUCUGCGGUUGAGAGAUUUUGGUAUGUUUAGUCUGAAAAAGAGGAGACUGGGAGAGAUAUGAUAGCCAUCUUCAAAUAUCUCAAGGGCUAUCACAUGGAAGAGGGAACAAGCUUGUUUUCUCCUGCUCUGAAGGGCAGGACUGGAACCAAUGGCCUCAAGUGAUGAGAAAGGAGAUUCCGACUAAACAUCAGAAAUAACUUCCUGACAGAACUGUGUGGAAUGGACUCCCUUGGGAGGUGGUAGACUCUCUCUUACUUCCUCCAUUUCUUCCCCUUCUAUUUGCCAGGAGGUGAUGGGACCAGUGGCCAUGAUCUUAGUUUUUUUGAUGCUGAGCUUCAGACCAUAUUUUGCGCUCUCCUCUUUCACCCUCAUUAAGAGGUUCUUUAAUUCCUCCUCACUUUCUGCCAUCCAAGUUGUGUCAUCUGUAAUAAUGGAGGGAUACAAUCUAUUUCAGAGAAACAGACCAGACAAGAAAGGAGGAGGAGUGGCGUUAUAUGUCAAGGAUGUGUAUACCUGUGAAGAGAUCCAAGAUUUAGAACCUCAAAGCCAAAGUGAGAGCAUUUGGGUCAAAAUUAAGGGAGAGAAGAAUAACAGUGACCUCAUUGUGGGAGUUUACUAUAGAUCCCCAAGCCAAACGGAGGACAUACAGUGGUGCCUCGCAAGACGAAAUUAAUUCGUUCCGCAAGUCUCUUCGUCUUGCGAGUUUUUCGUCUUGCGAUGCACGGUUUCCCAUAGGAAUGCAUUGAAAAUCAAUUAAUGCGUUCCUAGGAAGCCGCCUCCAGACCAGGUCCGGGGACAGUCUGUCCCCGGACCUCUUCUGAAGGCUGGGGGGGGCAAGGGCUUUUCUUCCCACCCCCAGCAUUUUAAAAAACCCCGGGACAGCGGAGGACUUCUCCGCUGUCCGGGCGAUCUUAAAAUGCUGGCGGGCGGCAUUUUAAAAUCACCCGGGACAGCGGAGGACUUCUCCGCUGUCCGGGGCAAUUCAAAGCCCCUGGGAAGGCAGGCAGGGGGACAAAGACUUUUGCCCCCGCCAGCCUUCAGAAGAGGUCCUGGACCUCUUCUGAAGGCGGGCGGGCGAAGUCUUGCUCCCCCGCCUUCAAAAGCCCUCCGGGACAGGCAGGCAGGGGAGCAAAGACUUUCGCCCCCGCCCGCCUUCAGAAGGUCUUCCCUCCCCCCGCCCGGCCGGGCACCGUUCCGAAGCCGGGCGGCGGCGGAGGUCUUCCCUCCCCCCGCCCGGCCCGGAGCACCGUUCCGAAGCCGGGCGGCGGCGGAGGUGUUCCCUCCCCCGCCCGGCCGGGCACCGUUCCGAGCCGGGCGGCGCGGAGGUGUUCCCUCCCCCCGCCCGGCCGGAGCACCGUUCCGAGCCGGGCGGCGGCGGAGGUCUUCCCUCCCACCGCCCGGCCGGGCACCGUUCCGAAGCCGGGCGGCGGCGGAGGUCUUCCCUCCCCACCGCCCGGCCGGAGCACCGUUCCGAAGCCGGGCAGGCGGGAGGUCUUCCCUCCCCGCCCGGCCGGGCACCGUUCCGAAGCCGGGCGGCGGCGGCAGGUGUUCCCUCCCCCCGCCCGGCCGGGCACCGUUCCGAAGCCGGGCGGCGGCGGCAGGUGUUGCCUCCCCCCGCCCGGCCGGAGGAGCCUUCCGAAGCCCGGCGGCGGGAGGAGGUGUACCCGCCCCCCCGCCACGCUUAGGAGGAGGUCCGAGGACAGUGGGGAAGACGCGCUGCGCUUCCCCGCUGUCCCUGAGAUUUCCCUAUGGGCUGUCGUCUUGCGAAGCAAGCCCAUAGGAAAUUCGUUUGCGAAGCGCCUCCAAAACGGAAAACCCUUUCGUCUAGCGGGUUUUCCGUCUUGCGAGGCGUUCGUCUUGCGGGGUACCACUGUAGAUGAUGCCUUCCUGGAACAGAUGGCCAAGCAUGCAAAAGGAAGAGAGAUAGUAGUAAUGGGGGACUUCAAUUACCCGGAUAUUUGUUGGAUGUCAAACUCAGCCAAGAGAAUAAGGUCAAAUAGAUUCCUCACUGGCCUUGCAGACAACUUCAUUGUCCAGAAAGUGGGAGAAGCAACAAGAGGAACAGCCAUUUUAGAUCUGGUCCUAACCAAUGUUGAUGACCUGGUUAGUGGGGUAGAAGUGGAAGGAUCAUUAGGCGCGAGUGAUCAUGCUCUUCUGAAGUUUACUAUACAGCGGAAAGGAGCAGCCAAGCCUACUAGGACUCAAUUUCUUGACUUUAAGAAAGCCGACUUCAUAAAACUUAGGGAAGUGCUGGGUGAGAUCCCAUGGACAGUAAUACUGAAAGGAAAGGGAGUUCAUGAUGGCUGGGAGUUUGUUAAGAGGGAGAUAGUAAAAGCACAACUUCAGGCAAUACCAAUGAGACGGAAACAUGGAAGGUGCCUAAAGAAGCCAGGGUGGCUAUCUAAAGAACUUUUUUUUUUUAAUGAUAUUUAUUAAAAUUUCAAAAGAAAAAGAUUACAUUAAUAAGAAAAGUAACAAUAAAGAAAGAAAAAUACAAAGUACAAAAAAGAAAAACAGUUAAAAACAUUUCCAUCUUUUCAUCACUUCUCUUACGUUUACUUGUUUCCCGGACCUCCUCAUACCUCCCCCUUUUGUAUUCCAAUUCAAUUUGUUAGUCCAGCAAUUCCUUUCCCUCCUUUUUAAUCCUGAUCUUUAAUCUUGAUAUAUUAUAACAUUAAAUUUUUACGUAUUAAAAACCAAUUUUUCCAUAUUCUUUUAUACCAGUACAGCUAGAAACCACUUAACUUCAAUCCAACAUCAUUCUAACAUUCAUUAAUUUUGCAAUAUUUCUGUAAAUAGUCUUUAAAUUUCUUCCAAUCUUCUUCCACCGACUCUUCUCCCUGGUCUCGGAUUCUGCCAGUCAUUUCCGCCAAUUCCAUGUAGUCCAUCAAUUUCAUCUGCCAUUCCUCCAGUGUGGGUAAGUCUUGUGUCUUCCAAUGCUUUGCAAUAAGUAUUCUUGCUGCUGUUGUAGCAUACAUAAAGAAAGUUCUGUCCCUCUUUAACACCGAUUGGCCCACUAUGCCCAGGGAUGCAAACAGGGGACACAGAAAGGGCUGAACUCCUCAAUGCCUUCUUUGCCUCAGUCUUCUCCGAUAAAGAAAACAAUGCCCGACCUGAAGAAUUUGGAGCAAAUGAUUCAGCAGAGGAAACACAGCCCAGAAUAACUAAGGAGAUAGUACAAGAAUACUUGGCUAGUUUAGAUGUAUUCAAGUCUCCACGGCCAGAUGAACUGCAUCCAAGAGUAUUAAAAGAACUGGCAGAUGUGAUCUCAGAACCACUGGCAGUCAUCUUUGAGAAUUCCUGGAGAACAGGCGAAGUCCCGGCAGACUGGAGGGCAAAUGUUGUCCCUAUUUUCAAAAAGGGGAAAAGAGAGGACCCAAAUAAUUACCGCCCAGUCAGUCUGACAUCAAUACCAGGGAAGAUUCUGGAGCAGAUCAUUAAGCAAACAGUCUGUGAGCACCUAGAAAGGAAUGCUGUGAUCACCAAUAGUCAGCAUGGAUUUCUGAAAAAUAAGUCAUGUCAGACUAACCUGAUCUCGUUUUUUGACAGAAUUACAAGCCUGGUAGAUGAAGGGAACGCAGUGGAUGUAGCCUACCUUGAUUUCAGCAAGGCAUUUGACAAGGUGCCCCAUGAUAUUCUUGUAAAGAAGCUGGUAAAAUGCGGUCUUGACUAUGCUACCACUCAGUGGAUUUGUAACUGGCUGACUGACCGAACCCAAAGGGUGCUCAUCAAUGGUUCCUCUUCAUCCUGGAGAAGAGUGACUAGUGGGGUGCCGCAGGGUUCUGUCUUGGGCCCGGUCUUAUUCAACAUCUUUAUCAACGACUUGGAUGAUGGACUCAAGGGCAUCCUGAUCAAAUUUGCAGAUGACACCAAACUGGGAGGGGUGGCUAACACCCCAGAGGACAGGAUCACACUUCAAAACGACCUUGACAGAUUAGAGAACUGGGCCAAAACAAACAAGAUGAAUUUGAACAGGGAGAAAUGUAAAGUAUUGCACUUGGGCAGAAAAAAUGAGAGGCACAAAUACAAGAUGGGUGACACCUGGCUUGAGAGCAGUACAUGUGAAAAGGAUCUAGGAGUCUUGGUUGACCACAAACUUGACAUGAGCCAAGAGUGUGACGCGGCAGCUAAAAAAGCCAAUGCAAUUCUGGGCUGCAUCAAUAGGAGUAUAGCAUCUAGAUCAAGGGAAGUAAUAGUGCCACUGUAUUCUGCUCUGGUCAGACCUCACCUGGAGUACUGUGUCCAGUUCUGGGCACCACAGUUCAAGAAGGACACUGACAAACUGGAACGUGUCCAGAGGAGGGCAACCAAAAUGGUCAAAGGCCUGGAAACGAUGCCUUAUGAGGAACGGCUAAGGGAGCUGGGCAUGUUUAGCCUGGAGAAGAGGAGGUUAAGGGGUGAUAUGAUAGCCAUGUUCAAAUAUAUAAAAGGAUGUCACAUAGAGGAGGGAGAAAGGUGGUUUUCUGCUGCUCCAGAGAAGCGGACACGGAGCAAUGGAUCCAAACUACAAGAAAGAAGAUUCCACCUAAACAUUAGGAAGAAUUUAAUGACAGUAAGAGCUGUUCGACAGUGGAAUUUGCUGCCAAGGAGUGUGGUGGAGUCUCCUUCUUUGGAGGUCUUUAAGCAGAGGCUUGACAACCAUAUGUCAGGAGUGCUCUGAUGGUGUUUCUGUUGGGAUACUGCCAGGGAGAUAAAGUCCAUCAAGGCCCCCAAGCCGUCUGCCGGAGGAUCCAUCGACCUCCCGUAGGCACACAGCGACAUGAGUUUCUAGAAAAUAUCUUGCCACAUUCUCGAGCUCAUGCACGCUCUAUCAGCAGAUAAUGCACAGCCAAAAGUUGCAAUCAGGAGAGCAUUAUUUACAAGUUUAUUCAGCGUUGAUCAGAACACAGAAAAACAUGACUGACUGCUUUUAGUGUCUGCGACACAGAGAGAAAACGAAAGCAACAGAAAACAUAAACAUCCUGUGAACAGGAAAUACGCAGACUCUGACUCACAAAGCCUGCUCCCUUUUAAGGUGGAACGGAAAUAUCCUAACAUCCUCCCCCUUUCCGUGUAACCUGUAGUACCUGUGGUUCAACCCAAUUGCAACCUUUGUACGUAAACCUUAAGUUGUUCUCUGUUAACAACCUUAGACAACAGAUCAGCAGGAAUUUCAUUUCCUGGCAUGUAGGACACCUGAAUGAGUCCUUUCUGAAUACACUCUCUUGCACGAUGUAGCUUAAUCUGCAAGUACUUGGUCCUUUGCUUGCAACUCUCCGAGUUCAGCAAAGCCAAACACGAUCUAUUGUCUUGAUACACUUGUACAGGACAUUUCACAGAAACUCUGAUGUCCUUAAACAGUUGCAUCAACCAUUCACAAUCCAUGAGUGAAAAUGACAGAGCAUUGAGUUCUGCUUCACAGGAACUUAGGCUCACUGUCGUCUGCUUUUGCACAGCCAGUCAAACAGACAGUGGUUGUACAUGUAGCAUACUCCAGAAGUGCUUGUACCAUCCGUGGUGUCACUUCCAAAACUUGCAUCUGCAAAGAUUUCAAGACCUCCAGUCUUCUGACUGGUGAACCUCAGCCUGUAGUGCAAAGUCCCUUUCAAAUAGCGGGCUAUGCGCUUCAGAGCUUUCCAAUCCUGAACAGUAGGAUUGUUGGCAUGUCUGCUAAGCAGGUUACAGCUUACAGCAAUGUCAGGUCUUGAGCAUCUAGCAAUGAAAUUCAACUUGCCUAGAAUGCAUCUGUACAGCGUUGUGUCAGAAAACGCUUCAGCAGUACUAUCUACCUGGUAACCUGUCACCAUCGGUGUGUCUGCUGGGUUUGCAUCAACCAAAUUCAACCUGGUUAAUACAUCAGCAAUUUUCUGUGUUUGGUGUACCAGAAAAUUACCUGCUUGGUCCCUCUCCACCUGCAGAGAAAGAUAGUUGGAUACCUCACCAAGAUCCUUCAUGUCAAAGUGCUCCUUCAGCUGAGCUAGGGUGCUUUGGUACAAAGCCUGAUUCUUCCAAAACAUCAGAAGAUCAUCAACAAAACAUAAACAAUACAGUUUGUUUUGCCCCUCCUCCUUGACAAAUACACACGGAUCAGCUUUACCCUGGUGAAAACCUAGAGAAAGCAAUGUCUCAGUGAGUUUCGUGUUCCAACACCUGGCACUCUGCUUGAGACCAUACAAGGAUUUCCGCAGUUUACAGACCAUUCCCUUCUGUAUCUGCAUUCCAUCAGGUGGAAGCAUAAACAGCUCCUCCUCCAAAAUCCCGUACAAAAAAAGCUGUAUUAAUGUCAUGAUGGGAAACAUGCAGUUUCUCCUCUGCAGCUAUCUUGAGCAUCAGCCGAAUGCUCUCAUAUUUGACGGUGGGUGAGUAGGUCUCGUGGUAAUCCUGUCCUGGUACCUGUGAAAAACCUCUGGCAACCAAUCUGGCUUUGUGUCUGACAACCUUGCCAUUCUGGUCUGUCUUGGCCUUGAAGACCCAUUUGCUGCCAACCAGUCUCAUUCCUGGGACUACCGGUACCAGCUCCCAAGUUUGGUUCCUAUUCAAGGAAUCAACUUCAGCCUUCAUGGCAUUAAGCCAAGGCUCAGCAUCUUUAGAGGUUAACUCCUGAACCUCUUUGAAGCUUGAAGGUUCCCACACCUUCUCUGAGCUACUAAGAACAGCAGUUGCUGUCUUAGCAAACUCAUCAGCAAAUCUCUUUGGAGGUCUGCCCUUGGUGGCUCUUUCAGAUCUGCGUACUAGACGCAAGUCUUCUGGACUCAUCUCCUCUUUCUUAGGAGAAAAGUGACCAAUGGUGAACAGUGGUUCUUCCAGUUCAUUGUCAGACGCAUCAGAUGGUCUGACUGAGGCCUUUGCGCUCUUGUAGUCUGCUGUGUCAUCACUGUCACUGACACCAGCAGCAGCGCCGCCCACUGAACUGGAAUCCGAACUCUGAUCAUCAUCAUCAUCAUCAUCCUCACUCCUGCAGCUUCCUCAGCUUUAGCUGCUUCUUUGACAUCACCUUCAUCCUCCUCUGGGUAACUCUGGAAAAUUCCCACAUUUCCCCCCCACUUAGGAUUGUACUCAACACUCUUUGUGAACUUAAUGGACUUAGAGUUGGUCAUCCACACCCUGUAUGCACCUUUUCGUACCCCAUGAACAAACCAUGUGCCCCACGCUUCCCAAGCUUGUUGCUCUGUGGGGUGUGUACCCACAUGUCAGAACCAAAGAUUCUCAUGUGUUUGAUGUUGGGUUUCUUACCAAACAUCUUCUCAUAGGGAGUACAACCAAUAGGUGAUGACAAUCUGCGAUUAUAAGUGUAAGCAAAAUUCGACAGAGCCUCCCCCCAAAACUUAUCAGGGAGAUUGGCAUCAUGCAACAAUGUUUUCAUUCCUUGCAGCAACGUUUGAUUUGCUCGCUCCGCAAGCCCAUUCAUCCAUGGCGAUCUAGGCGUUGACAAGUCAUGCUGGAUUCCCUUCUCAGUCAGGAAAGCUUCAAACUGCUGAGAAGUGAACUCCCGCCUCGAUCAGUAAACAGACAGCCAAUACGUUUACCGUGAACAUUCUCCAACCAAGCACAGAAUGCCUUGAACUUGGAAACGCUUGCGAUUUCUGCUCGAGCAUAAACACAUGAAUGUACCUGGAAAAAGAAUCAAUUAGAACCAUGAAGUACCUUGCUCCACCCAAAGAGGGCGCAAGUGGACCAACCAGGUCUGCGUGCACUAGCUGGUAGGGUUUGGAAGCCUGCCUGCUAGACUCCUUGCCUUUUGGAGCAACCUUCACCUUGUUCUCUGCACAAGAUACACAUUUCAUGUGAAACUUACAGGGUUUGAUGUUCAAACCCUCAACCAUCUCUGGCAUCUUGGCCAGUGCCUUCCAAGAGAGGUGGCAAAACCUUCUGAGUGCAUCGUGAAUGCAUCCUGCAUGAAGAACUUUGUUAGUUUGUGCAACACAACAAGAAUCAGCAUUAGACACAACAGCACCAUUGUCGUCAUAAGUUAUACAGAACAAGCCAUCCAUAAACUUUGCAUGCAAAAUGUCCUCUUUGCCUUUUCUGAUGACACAGACGCUCCUCUUGAAGGAAAUCUCAAAACCACGCCCAGUCAAGCUGUGGGACACUGAGCAAAUUGUCUGCAGCACCUGGAACAUACAGUACAUCUUUGAUGGUAGUGUGCAGACUUGCCAGUUUCACAGUCCCUUCUCCUGCGAUCCGCAAUGUCUUUCCAUCAGCCAGGUGGAUCUCACCUUCUUGAGGUUUGAAGGAGAUAAAGAGAUGGCGGUCCUUUGAGACAUGGCGGGUACAGCCUGAAUCAACAACAAACCUGGCUUUGGCCUUUGGAGCAGUCUUUCUGGCAAGCAAAACCUUGUUUUCCACCGGCGUGGGCUUUUGCAGCUUGCCCCCCUGCUCCUGGCCAUCAGACUUGCCUUUAGCCUUUGGUGAAGCUGUGCCAGCAAACAAAACCUUGUUUUCCACUGGCGUGGGCUUUUGCAGCUUGCCCCCCUGCUCCUGGCCAUCAGACUUGCCUUUAGCCUUUGGUGAAGCUGUGCCAGCAAACAAAGCCUUGUUUUCCUCUGGCGUGGGCUCUUCACCCUCCCUCUGCUUCUGGCCAUCUGCAGGCGUCUGCCUCUGUUUACCUUUGCCCUUCCGGCCUCUGCAAAGGCGAUGACCUUGGCUCCCAUGAGAAACAGAGCUCUCAGCUGCCGACUCCUUGGCUCCCCCUGGAGGCUGGAAUGCUGCCUGGGAUGACGUGACAGUCAGCUCCCCCUGCAGCUUGCAACCGGUGCCCUCAGCAUCCCUGCAUUCACUCGCAUUCUGGGAAACAGCCAGGACCCCCGAUGCAGUCAAACUCUGGGCUGGGAUGACUGGCAAAUGGGCUACUUUCAAAGCAUUCCACAUCUUACGUGCAGUCACAUUGCCAGCAAGCGUCUUAAUUUCCUCCAGAGAGACGGACAAGACUAGUAUGUCUAUCGCCCUCGAAUUCUCGGCCUUCCAUCUAUCUGUCAGAGGAACUGGAGGGGCUUCACACACAGUAUGCCACACUCCAAACUGACGCAGCAAGCUCUCACACCACUUUGCCCAGGUCCGAUAGUUGUGCCGAUUUAGCUUUGGGCACUCAGCAGCCUCAGAAGCUUGGAAAAACUCCAUUCCAGGUUUCUACUUGAGCCGUGAGCCUUUAUGCCUUCAAAAACGUCUUAUCUCAGCAGCCAUAAAUCUUGAGGCCUGCUGGCGCGGCUCCCAGAUCCAAUUAGGCCUGCCGGACAUCAAAGAGACUUUGCUGCGGCAAACAGAAAAGCCUUACUUUCGCUUUUCCUCCACAUACCUUUCAGCAGUCUGUCGCAGUCUUACUCUCCUGUAAGUGCUGUGAAUCUGGGCCCGAAACCUGUUGUUGGGAUACUGCCAGGGAGAUAAAGUCCAUCAAGGCCCCCAAGCCGUCUGCCGGACGAUCCAUCGACCUCCCGUAGGCACGCAGCGACAUGAGUUUCUAGAAAAUAUCUUGCCACAUUCUCGAGCUCAUGCACGCUCUAUCAGCAGAUAAUGCACAGCCAAAAGUUGCAAUCAGGAGAGCAUUAUUUACAAGUUUAUUCAGCGUUGAUCAGAACACAGAAAAACAUGACUGACUGCUUUUAGUGUCUGCGACAAACGAAAGCAACAGAAAACAUAAACAUCCUGUGAACAGGACAUGCGCAGACUCUGACUCACAAAGCCUGCUCCCUUUUAAGGUGGAACGGAAAUAUCCUAACAGUUUCCUGCUUGGCAGGGGGUUGGACUCGAUGGCCCUUGUGGUCUCUUCCAACUCUAUGAUUCUAUGAUUCUAAGUGGGUGAAGGAGCCCAUCCCGCCAGCCCAUGUUGUUGGGAAUGGACAGACAAGUGGGAGGCCAGCCAGGCAGGCUGUCAUAUACUGAGUUGAAUAGGAUCGAAAAUGCAGCAGUCUGAUUGGUCCUAGAACAAUAGGAUCCAAAAUGCAGCAGUCUGAUUGGUCCUAGGAACAAUGCAGCAGUAUGAUUGGUCUGCAGGGGCCACCCAAUCCAGCUCCAGGUGGAAGUGAAUCCACAACCUGAUUGGCCUACAGGAGAAUCCCGGAAUUAGCCAAUCACAUGCAGCCCAUUGAGUAAAUAAUGUAUAUAAAGCAGAUAUUUUAGGGGAACUUGCAUUCCUCCUCACCACUAUGAGCUGAAUAAAGAGCAUGAAAUCCACUCUCGACUCCGAGUAUAUUUCACAUGCGCUGUGCUGGCCUUUCUUGUGUUUGCCGCUGCCACUGCUGCCUCCCAAGGUAAGGUGCUGGCCUCCCGUUCAGCUUUGGCCUGUCUCCGAUGGGCCACUAAGGCCCUUGUGGGGCAGUGUGAGGAAGCACCUCUCUUAGGGUUGUGGGGGGUGGCUCAGAGACCAGGGGCAGUUGAGGCUGAGGGAACACUCCACAAGGAAGGGUGUUCCAAAAGAGUGAGAGGCUGCCAGCUCUGCAGGCAAGGGGGGGCACAACUGGGCUCCUGAGCCCCACAGGGGGGCUGCAGAAAGAAGGGAGUUGGUCAAGGGAGCUGUGGACCCCCAAAGGUUGAAAACCUUUGGAGUAGAUAAUAAAUGGAGGUAUAACAAACAUAAGAAUGUGUAAGAGGGCAUCAAGGAAAGAUAGGUUGGGAAGUCCAUACAGGAUUUGAUAGGAUGUAAAUAUGAAUGUACAGUGGUACCUCGGGUUACAUAUGCUUCAGGUUAUAUACGCUUCAGGUUACAGACUCCGCUAACCCGGAAAUAGUGCUUCAGGUUAAGAACUUUGCUUCAGGAUGAGAACAGAAAUCGUGCUCCGGCGGCGCAGCAGCAGCAGGAGGCCCCAUUAGCUAAAGUGGUGCUUCAGGUUAAGAACAGAGGGGUGGUGGAUGGUGAUGGGAAAAGGAAUUAUCUGUGGGAUUGAGUGUAGGUAUGUUGUAGGUAUGUAGGAAUGUUGUAUGAAAUGUAUGUUUGUAUGCUUGUAUAUUUGUAAUAUAUGUGUAUUAAUGUUGAAUUAUUUUAACAAUAAAAACUUUAAAACAUUUUAAAAAAAGAACAGUUUCAGGUUAAGUACGGACCUCCGGAAUGAAUUAAGUACUUAACCCGAGGUACCACUGCAUGAUGUAAAUUGAAAAAUGCAUUAAUAAAUAAAAAGGGCCAGGUAGGGUGAUGGAGAAGGUCCAUCUGUUAGUAUUUUGCAGGACUUUGAUUCACGGGAUAGGUGAGUUUACCUGAAAGACCUUUGUUCAUGGGUGCAGGAGGGAUGGAGAGGAGCCCUUGAAGGGAAGCAAGAGUUGCCUUCUGACCAUCAGCCAAGAACUAAGGAUUGCAUCCUCACCCCAUUGAGAGGAACUUAAGUAGCCCCCCAAGUUGCAUUCUCUGUAGGCAUCCCUGGUUCAGAGGGCGUCACGUAUCUGUCUUAGGCAUCCUAUGAAGGGACUUCAGGCAACCAGAUUAACUGACAGACCUGGGUGGGUGUUGGACCCCCGAGUCCUGUGCCCCAGACCCCCUCUGUGUGCCUCCUCAUGGGGUGCUUUCCCCACCUGCAGGAUGAAGAUGGCCCUGCACAAGAUGGGGGAAGUGAGCAAGAAGCAGCAGGAGCACACGCGGGACGUGCGCUUCCUGCAGCAGAAGCUGGUGAAGAUCAAGGAGGUGAGUGAGGCCGGCCAGUCCUGCUCCACUCAGUUGCUGCCUGCCUGCUUGAAACUCUCUCAGCUCCCAGCUGGCUUGACAUUUCUAAAGCACCUGGAACUCACUGGGCGCCAUAUUCAAGUGAAGGACCUGGUUCAAAAGGCUUAAGAGCUGCUCCUCCAAAGCAACUGAAGCCCAUUUUGCCCCAGCAGCAGAGCAAGACAAGGCGUCUGCUGAGGGCUGCCUUUCCCCUUUCUGUGCAGAGCUGGAAGUCUUCACAAGGGGAGGCUGCCCAUAGAGUCUCCUCCAUCAGAGCAGCCUCUUCUGGGCUGGCAGCUCAGUUGCACUGACCAAUUUACUGGAGCAGAAGGAACUGCAGGAAAGAGGGAUUUGAAAGGAAGCUGGGAACAGGGCAAGGCUUGUAAAUAAGAUUUGGAUAUUCAGAAUGGAAUCAGGAAGAAAGGGGAAAUCGUCUUUUAUCCCAUUCUAUUGUGGAGGGUUAGAAACUAUAGAAAGUGGAUUUGGACAAACCAUAGAGGCAAACCUGUCUCACAGCAUGUUGGGUGUUUUGAAUCUUGGGGAGACAGAGGCUGUGUGGGAAGGUGGUUUCCAUGCCCAGGAGACCGAUCAGUUGCCUGUUCUGGGCAGGGCUGCCCUCUCUCUGAAAGAGCAGACACAUAGCUUGGGGCACUCCUGGGUACAUUUUUCGGUAGAGGCUCCAGCAACUGGCUAAGAAUGCCUCUGACCAGCUAGCUGCAGCCAAAUCUGGAUGAUCCAACCACCACAGCCCACACGCUGGACCACUGCAAUGAGGUGUUGCCUGUGAGCUUGGUCCAGAAGCUCCAGCUAGCACUGAAGGUGGGUCAGGUUGAAGGGUCCUGUGUUAAUAUAUGAAGCCCUUGACAACUCGAGGAGCCCUUGGGUCCCAGCUCCAUCGCAGGUCACCUGGAGGAGUGCUGCUGGUUGUCUGCUGUCUUGCAGGGGCCAAGCUGGCCUCCCUGAGGAGUCGGGCAUUCAGCGCUGCCAGUCCCAAGCUGAGGAGCCCUCUUCCAGCAGAGACGUGGGAGCCACUCUGGCUUUGGAUUUCCAAGUGUCUCUUGAAGACUUCUUUUAUGCAGACUAGCCUAUGCAACUGCUUGAAUUUGAUUGGCUAGUGACUUUGAUGUUAAUUUAUAUUUUAUGGUAUGAAUUGGUGGUAUAUAAGUAUCUAAAUAUAUAGAAGCAAGGUGGGUCCCACAAAGCAAAAUCCUUUAGCUGACAAAGGUCAGAGUCGAGAGGUGUGUCUUCCCGUGAGGAUGGCCGUGGUCUCUCUGGUGUCAGAGGGCCCAGAAUCCAAGCUGUGGUGGAUCAUUUCUUAGGUAUUUAUCCCUCCCCGCUUCCUUUCAAAGGAGCCCAGGACAGCAAACAAUAGCAAAACAAUCAAAAGCAAUACACAGAUUUUUAAAACAGUGAAUUUUCCUCAGUGCUAGGCUGAACAGGGAUAUUUUAAACUCCCACUUCUCUGUUAGUGCUAACUGAGGCAGAUGCACCUCAUCAGAGAAGGCUGCCCCCGCUAUGUGUGAGAGAGGCUCUUGGGCACCCAUCGUGCCAGUGCGCUUCCCACAAGGCGCACCAGAGCCGGCCACAGUGAGAACUGGUCGCUGGACUGGAUGUGGCCUGAGCCAGCGGCAGCCAGGUGUCCUGGAGAUACUGCUGCGGUUUAGGGUGGUCUCCUUUCACCCCACUCAUCCUCCUUGCCUUGCAGCAAGUGAUCUGCAGUCAGCGGGAGGUGGAGCGGGAGCAGGAGGUGCUGAAGCAGCAGGAGAAGGAGUGUGAGCUGUAUGAAGCGCGUAUCGAUGCUCUUACCAAGGAGCGGGAUGCUCUGGAGAAGGGGAGGGAGCUGGCCAUGAGGAAGGUAUGGGGGCACGUGGGGGGGAGGAAGGUCUUGCUCAGUCACCAGCCCUCCUGCAGCUGCCAUCUGGAGGGGAGGUGUGGCAGAGGGGGCAGGUGAGGAGAGCCCAGCCUGAAGGCCCUUGCCCGCCUCAUCCCAGAGUGACCCUUCUCUUCUCAGGUGAACAAGGACUACAAGGAGGCCCUGGCCAUGCUCCGGGUGCAGGACAUUGAGGAGCUGCGCAGCUAUCGCCAGCCGCCAGAGACUGUGGUCAUGGUGACGGACAUCCUCUGCCUGAUGUUUGAGCAGGAGCCGGGCUGGGAGAAUGCAAAGCUGCUCCUCAACAGGGACAACUUCUAUGAGGUGAGGCCCAGAGCCCUUCCUGUGGCUCCUGUGCUCUUGGGGCUGGCCCAGCAGCCAGAGCCUCAAGGCCCCGCUUCCCCUCUGGACCGGCCUGCCUGGGGAGAGAGAGACCCUAGCCUAGACCAAGAGGCUGUUCCAGCUGCGCCAAGUCCUUGACAAAGGGAGGGGCAAAAGCAGCCUGUUUCCUCCUGGGAGGGGGUGGGGAGGCAUGGCUAGCGAAACAGCAAAUGUGGAUUUGAUUAGCAUGGAACUACCAGUGGAUAAAACCUGAAACCAUCAGCUGCAGUAAGAGAACAGGAAAGUAAUUGAGCACAACAGAGAUACUGCAAACACAUCACUGCAGUCCUCACAAAGCAUGGGAAAUAUCCUUAAGGAAUAAAACAUUAUACUGUAUAUAUAAAAUUAUCCCUCAAGGGUUGUAGAAAAAGUGGGGCUUGCCUUUUGCUCCUCCAAGGGACUCUUGAGUCCCUCAAGCCAUGAACAACCAGAGGAGAGUGGAUGGAGGCAGGAUCCAGUGAAAACAAGGCAGAUCUUUAUAUUUCUGUUGCAACAGAGUUCUUCCCCCUCCUCUGCAAGAAAAUGAGAGAGACCAAGAACAAUUCUUACUGUAUUUUGGAUAUAUCUGUUAGGUUCAGUCACUUCUGUUGAACCAUUUUUGUCUUUAAUUUCUUUUCUUUCUGUUGCUUUCUGAUACAUACUGGUUGUUAACAGUAAAUGCUUACACAUCUCUGGUUAGUAAUUCCUUCCUUGCAUGGUAUUUGCUUUAUUUCUUUUGAUGAGUUUAAUAUCUAUGGUUUGGUUUUCAAGGAGGGCUGCACCCAAGAACAGAGGAGCCCACAGGAGCUGAGAGUCUAGCUGAGAGUAUAUAGAUUGGGCUCAUCCGGUCAACAUUAUGCACUUAAAGCUUCAAAAAGCUUUUGAUAUAGACCCUCAUCAAAGACUCCUGAGUAAGCUUAGCAGUCAAGGAGUAAGAGGAGAAGUCCUCUUGUGACUAUGGAAUUGGUUAAAUCACAGGAAGCAAAGAGUAAGAAUAGAUGGUCUGUUCUCUGAACAAAUACAUGUGUAAUGUGGAGUGCCCCAAGGAUCAGGAUCGGGACACGAGCUUUUUAACUUGCACACAAACGACUCAGAGUUAGAGCUCAGCAGUGGGGUGGCCAAGUCUGCGGACAAUACUAAACUGUUCAGAGUUGUUAAAACAAGUAGAGACUGUGAAGAGCUCCAAACGGGCCUCUCCAGACUGGGUGAAUGGGAGGGGAAAUGGCAAAAAAACUCAUUUCUGCACAGGCCUGGGCACCUCUGGAGUGGCUCCCAUGCUCUGUGACCAAAGGGGCAGGGAAGCCAGGCAGAGGAGAGGCCAUGUGCAGGAGCUGGCGAGGUGGACAGGCUGGAAGACCCCUCAGUCCCCUGGGUGCUUCUGGAACUGCUGGAGAAGGUGCUCCCCUUUGGCCCAUCUUCAUGGUAAGCAGCCGGUUGUUUUAGCUUGGGGCAUUUGAAUACAAGCAGCCUAGUGUUUCUUGCCCCUCAUUCCUUGGUGGAAAAGCCAGGCCAGGGUCCCAUUCCCCCCCCUCUGCUUCCCCCUCCAGGAUCUUGUCUUCUACCCCAAGGACAGCCUCACCACAGAGCUCUUUGAGGCCCUGGGCCGGGCUGUGACUCAGGAGCGCAUCUCGGAGAGCAGCAUAUCCAGUGCCAGCCAGGCUGCUGCCGCCCUCUUCCAGUGGAUCUCGGCCACCUACUGGUACCACUGGGCCCUGCUCGACUGGCAGCCGACCAUCGCACGGCUAAAGUACUGCGAUGCCCAGAUCAACGCAGAGAAGGUGGAGCUGGGCGACCGGCGCCUGCACUCGGAAUACCUGAGAGAUGCCACCCAGCUGCGCAUCAAGGAGCUGAAGCAGAAGCAGGAGCGCCAGGAGAAGCUGAUGCACCAGCUCACCCACUCCCUGCAGGCCAAAGAGGAGGCCACCACCGUCGAGAGCUCCGUGGCCGAGCACAUGGCCAGCUGGACAACUGUCACAAGGGUACGAGGGGCGGGCGGCUGUCCACCCAUGUCCCCCCCCUUGCCCUGCGAGGCGAGGGUGCCGUUCUCCCAGACUCAGCCCUCUGGCGCCUCUGCUUUCCUUCCUAGAACCUGGAAUCCCAGCGCACUACUGUCUAUGGCGAUGCCCUCCUCUCCGCAGCCAGCCUCUCCUACCUGGGCCCAUUCCCUCCGCAGCGGCGGGAGGAGCUGCUGGAGAAGUGGCAGGCGGUGUGUGCCGGGGCCUGGGGGCCCCUCGGGCCGGACGACGUGAGGCGGCUCCUGCAGAAGGAGCUGCCCUGCCCUGGCCCAGCCUCCCACAGCGAUCUGCUGCUGGCUGUGCAACAGCCCCUGCAUCUGGCGUCCCUGCUCAGCUCUCCUCCAGAGCAGCGACUCUGGGAUCGAGUCCACAAGCCCAAGGUCCCCAGCAGCCGCCUGGUGGGCAUGAUCCUGCUCUCCAGCACCCACACGCAGGCUCACCGCUGGCCUCUGCUGGUGGACCCUGACAAGCAGGCCUAUCUCUGGCUGCUGACCUCCAGAGCUAUGGAAGAGGGUGAGUGGGGUGUGCGGGGGGGGGGGUGUCAGGCACAUGGCCUUGCCUGCGGGUAGCUUCUCAUCCAACCCCUCUUUACAGCGGAUUCUCAGGUCUAUGCCAUCUCUGACCUGGUGCCGGACAUGGUGGAGCAGGGCAGCUCCAUAGAGAUCGCGGAAGACAACCUGGAGGUCCUGUCGCUCACAGACCCAGACCUGGAGCAGAACCUCUGCAAAGCAGCCAGCCUUGGUGAGCGGAGGAAGGUGGUGCCCCUGCCGCUGGCAGCCCCCUGGGAGGGUGCAGUUCUCUUUCAGCAGCCCUGUACUCUGCCCGCGCCGUCCGUGAGCUCAGGCAAAUGUGCUGCUUGGCUCCCACCUCCUCACAGGCACCCCUGUGUUGCUGACGGACUUUGAAAAGAACGUCCCCUGGUGCCCAGCCCUCGAGGAGCUGAUGCAGAAGGAAUCGUUCGGAGGUGCCCUCCACUCAAAGUCAAUGGAGGACCUGGCGCAGGUGCCCCCCUGCUUCCGCCUCUACCUGUGCACUGAGCUGCCUCUGGAGGCUUUGGCUGCAGGUAAGGGAGGUGCCCAAGCGCCCUCCUGGCUCUCCUCUGUGGAACCCCUCCCCAGGGAGCUGAGGUGGGUGGAGGCGGCUCAGCCACUCGCUGCUCACCCUGAGAGCCAUCUUCGGCUCCCCUCUCAGAGAGGGUGAGAGGCUCUGGAAACUUCCAGUUGCUGCGGGUGGAAGCAAAGCUAGAGUCAGCAGAUCUCUCGCCCAGCAUUGGAAGCUGCACUGUCAAAGCACGGCAGCAACCUACUUGGGUUCCCCAAAGUGUGGGGGGACAAGAGCCCAAGGUGCCUCCACCCCGCAGCCAGCCAUGGGCGGAGAGUGGCAGGCAGGCAGGCGGGUGACUGGGACGGCUGGGCCCUGCCUCCCGCCUGGCUCCUCCUUGCAGAGGUGGACCACGAGCUUCUCAAGAGCCUGAACGUGAUGGACCUCAGCCUCAGCCAGGAGGCGCUGGAGGAGCUGCUGCUGGUGGAGGUCCUGCGGGCCGAGCGGAAGGAGAUCCUGAAGAACCAGCAGGCCUUGCAGUUUGGGAUCCUGCAGCUGGAGGGGAAGCUGGAGGCCACGGAGGUGAGGGAGGCAGGGGCUCCUGUGGCUUGGCGUGGGGCGGUGGGGCGGCCGUGGAGAGGCCGCUCAGCCCAGCCCCGUGGCCGUUCCCCAAGGAGGAGCUGGAGGCAGGGGCUCCUGUGGCUUGGCGUGGGGCCGUGGGGCGGCCGUGGAGAGGCCGCUCAGCCCAGCCCCGUGGCCGUUCCCCACAGGAGGAGCUGGAGGCAGGGGCUCCUGUGGCUUGGCGUGGGGCGGCCGUGGAGAGGCCGCUCAGCCCAGCCCCGUGGCCAUUCCCCACAGGAGGAGCUGGAGGCAGGGGCUCCUGUGGCUUGGCGUGGGGCGGCCGUGGAGAGGCCGCUCAGCCCAGCCCCGUGGCCCUUCCCCGCAGGAGGAGCUGGAGGCAGGGGCUCCUGUGGCUUGGCGUGGGGCGGUGGGGCGGCCGUGGAGAGGCCGCUCAGCCCAGCCCCGUGGCCCUUCCCCGCAGGAGGAGCUGGUGGCCCUGAUUGCCCAGCCGCAGCGCUCUCUGCUGGAGGAGGAGAACUUCAUGCCGAUGGUGCGGCUGCUGCAGACGCAGAUCCAGGCCCUGCACGCCACCCACCAGCACAUGGUCUCUCAGCACCAGGACCAGGCGGCGCUGUGCAACAAGUACCGGAUGGUGCCCCGCCUGGGCGUGGCCCUGCACCUGGCCCUGCAGCAGGUCUGCCGCCUCCACCCCUCCUACAGCUUCCCCAGCAGCGUCUGCAUGGCCCACGUGCGCCAGGCGCUGCUCUCCACCAAGCGGCAGGAGACCACCAAGCAGGAGUCGCUGGAGUCGCGCCUCCUGGAGCUCAGCAAGGCCGUGCUCCACCACUGCCUCACCGAGGCGGUGCCCUGCCUGCGGGAGAUGGACCGCCUCCUCUACCUCUUCCUGGGGGCCGUGGCCACGCUGAAGGUCGCGGGGGAGAUCACCCCGCUGGAGUGGCUGGCCUUCUGCCAGGGCCUGCGGGAGCCGGCGGCCAAGGAGCUUCUGCAGCCGCCGGCCGGGGUGCCUUGCCCCAGCUGGGUGAGCGCGGAGGCCUGGGAGGAGUGCGGCUUGCUGGAGAACGUUCCUGGGUUCCAGGGGCUGCAGGCCUCCCUGGCUGGGCAGGCCGGCCAGUGGCAGGAGUACUUCCGCCUGCGCUCCACCAUGGUGGGGCUGGCCCUGUGUCCCAGCCACGCCCACCUCAGGCCUUUCCAGCGCGCCAUCCUGUGGCGCAUCUUGUGUCCCUCUGCCAUGAGCAGCGUGGUCUCGGCCCUCACCACCUGCUCGCUGGGCUGGUCUCUCACCGAGGAAAUGGCCCUCACCUACCCGUACUCCUACAGCCGGGCCAACAAGCCCAUCAUCUUCCACACGCCCUCGGCCAGCUCCCCAGGCUGCUUCAUGCACCCGCUCCUCUGGAUCCAGCAGAUGGCCACCCAGCGGGGACGAGGGGUGAGACGAGGGGCACAAGGAGGGGGAGGGACAAUGGGUGCAGGUGUCAGCUGGGUCCCUCUGGGAGGACAGAGCAAGUAACCAGGCACCGCCCCUGCAGGGAAGUGUGGUAGUCAUCUCCUUUGGCACCCCAGAUGCCUGCAAGCGGGUUUGGCGGACGCUGCCCAUCUGCAGCAAGAGAGGCAAGUGGCUGGUCUUGACCAACUGCCACCUCCAGGAGCACUGGGACCCCGACUUGCUGCAGCUGCUGGACCAGUUGGUGAAAUCCUCAGGUGAGGCGGAUGGAAGCAGCGGGAGGUGUCUCCCUCCCCCCAGCCAAAGCACCUCUCACCUUGCCCUCUUUUUGCACAGGCAAGGUGCCAGGGGGAGGCCUCGAGAUCCACACCAAGUUCCGCCUGUGGCUCAUCACUGCAGCUGACGCCCCUCAUUCCAUGCCAGGUACCAGGCCAGGGAUGAGGAAGGGAGGCUGAUGCCGCAGGGGGGCACGGCCAGAGGGGCUUCUCCACACCCUGCCUACCCCUUGGGAAAGAGGCGCACUGCCCCCCUUUGCAUCUCUCUCUCUCCCAGGGACCCGCUCCCUCUUGCUCAUUGUCAUCUGGGCUCUCCCAGUGCCGCUGGCUCUGCCACAGGGCCUUCCACCUGCCUCUGCAAGAGAAACAGAAGCUGAGCAACUUCUCAUGGCCUCGGCUGUCCUUACUGUCCCUCCCGGCCUCUGCUGUGGUGGUUGAUUCUCUUCUGUGCCAACAGAACUCCUGAAGCGCAGUGCCACCUCCCUCUUCUGCGAUAUGCCACUGGAGCUGAAGGGCAUCCUGGCACGCAGCCACUACUGGCUGCAGGGGCGAACCCAGAACCUAGACACAGAGCAGCGGCUGCCCCUCCUCGCCCUCUAUGGGGUCCUGCUCUACAGGCAGACCUAUGCCCAGUGGACCCAGGCAGAGACAUACCUGUGGUGAGUGAAGGAGGUGCUUGCCCUGUCCAGCAGUGAGGCCAAGAGCCUGCCAGUACAUCUCAUGGGAGUUUGGAAACUCCUCCUCUGCUUUAUGCUACUUGGAAAGCACCCUGAAUCGCCACCUGUGGGCUCCCCAUUCUUCCCCUGCUCUUGGAGCUGCCUGUGUGGGCUAACAAACCAGUCCUUGCCCACAGGGUUGCCACAGAGGGGGCUGCUGGCUGCAGGGGGGGGGGGAGCAGAGUGGGAAGCAGCAGCAGCGGAUGAGGGCUUGGAUCUCCCAGCUGACAGGCAGCCAGGGAAAGGCUGAGGGCUUUCUCCCUGCAGCCCUUUCUGGCAGCAGCAGGAGGAAGACCCCUUUACCUGUGCCUCACAGAAUUCACCAGGGCUCCCCAGAGCAGGUGAACUGGAGGGUACCCAGGAUGCACCCAUGGAAGCUGCCAAGUAGGAUGAACCUAAGGAGUCCUGCAGCAGCCGGAUCAGGCCAAAGGGGCUCCAUCUAGUCAGCCUUCUGUUCUCACAGUGACCAACCAAGAAGGUCCAGAGCAGGAAGGGACCCCAUGAGCUCAUUCCUGCGUUGGCCACAGCAGUCCAGACCCCACUUUUUAGGGGUUUCUUUUGCCCCAAAGUACAUCACUUUUCCUUGAGCUGUAUUGCAUUUGCAAUAAAGCAAGAUGAGCGCCACAACCCCAGAGUUGUCCGCAACUGGAGCUAAUGGUAAGGGGUCCCUUUACCUUACAUCACUUUUCCUUGCGUUGAAUUGCAUUUGCCAUUUUGAUAGCCCCUUUGACCAGAUCCCUUUGGAGUUCCUCAUAAUCCCGCUGGAGUUUAAUCACCCUGAACAAUUUCGUAUCAACAGCAAACCUGGGAACCUUACUGCUCACACAACCCUCACAAAAAAAGUUAAAAAGCACAGGUCCCAGCAUCAGUCCUGCACAGCACAGAGGGUGUAGGAGCCGCCACCUGGAUCAGGCCAUUCAGCCCAGCCUCCGGUUCCCACGUGGCCAACCAGAGGCAGAACAGGAGCCCCAGAGCCCUUUCCCCUCGCGCGGUUUCCAGCAGCUGGCCCAAUGGUGGAGGAAGAGGAUUGCCAUUGUGGCUCCUCUUUAGAGAUGGCCGCCGCCAUUGUCUCCUGCGAGAGUGAGGGCCAUCGUCUGGCUCUGUGCUGCAGGAAGAACUUUCUUCCAUCUGCCCUUCUGACAUUCAGCUUCAUUGGACAUCUACGCGUUUGAGGGUUACGAGAGAGGGAGAAAGUUUUCCCCUUUCCACUUACCGUGUGCCAUGUUGCCCCUCACUUUUUGAACUAAAAAGUCCCAAAUGCUGCCCCCUUUCCUUGUAAGGGAGUCGCUCCACCCCCUCAGGGGGCCCCUCCUGAAUUUUUUCCAACUCUGCAAUAACCUUUUUGAGGGGCGAGGAGGUGCCCAGAACUGUAUAUCGUUCUUCAAAUGUGGGCACACACCAGAUUCCUGAAACGGCAUGAUGAUACUGGCAGUUUUAUUCUCAGUUCCUUUCCUACUGAUCCCUCACAUGCAAAUUUCCUUUUUCAUGGCUGCCACACUGGAAUACUUUCUACAUCCCACAAUUGGGAGAACCACCUAUUUAUACUCACUUCCUGUUUCUUAACCUGUUUCCCACUGAUCCCAAAAUGAAGUUUACCCAAGAAUCUUUCAUAGAACCAGAAUUGUAGGGGCGCCCCAAGGGUCCUUUAGUCCAAGCUCCUGCAAUGCGGGAUUCACAGCUAAAGACUCCUGCUUAAAAUCCUUCAGUGAAGGAAAGGCCCGUCCCCAGCCAAGGUCUUCUGUUCCACUGUCCAAGGGCUCUUCCUCUCAGCUGCUGAGACCCAUAAGAAAGUUGGGAGCAGGCGCCCCCCCCCCCCGGGCCAAGACGGUCCUCACUCUGGCAAGCCAGGAGUGCGGUUUUUGCUCUGACUCUGCCCUGUGCCUGAGAUUGUGCUGCCCUUGCAGGAGCCACGGGGAAGUGUUGGCCGGGCUCAGGAUCCAGGAGAGGCUGAGCUGCCUAACAGACGGAGCCCAGGAAGCCCUGCAGGAGCUGGCCGGUAUGGAAACAGGGCUGAGUGAGGGGUUCAAGGGGCAGCCUGCAAGAGCCAAGGCCUUGAAGGCCCCCUCCGAAACACGGCUGGCUCUUCUGCCUCUGCAGGGACCAUGCUCUAUGGGGGCCACAUCCUGGACAGCGGUGACGCCCAAGUGGUGCAGAGCCUGUGCCAGGCCUGCUUGGCUCCCGCCUCCCCCCUGCAGCCAGCCUCCAGCCUCCAGCAGCUCGUGGCCACAGUCGUCGGCUGCCCCAACCCAGGUGAGAGAAGAUCAGGAGAGCCGUCAGGGUCAGGCCCAGCAUCCUGUUCUCACUGCGGAAACCCGCAAGCGGGACUCAAGCGCAAGAGCAACACCCUCCCCGCCUGCGGUUUCCGGCAAGGGGUAUUUGGAAGCCUUGCUUCCUCCAGCUGUGGCGGCAGUGGGUGGCCAUUGCGGGGCUCUUCGUGAAUUGGCUAAUGUCUUUGAAGAGGGCAGGGAAGAGCCUGCCGGUGGGGGCGCUGGGUGCUCUGCUGAUCCCCCGCCCUUUCCUUGCCCCCUGCAGGGAACACGGAUGAGGAGGCGGCGGCCGCCACCCAGGCCGGCAUCGAGCAACUGCCCAGCCCCAUGGAGCCUGCCGGGGUCGGCCUGUGCAGCGCACUGCAGCAGCGGAUGCUGGCGGAGCGGAGCCAGGCCUUGCUGGCGGCCUUGCAGGCCUCCCAGGGCCUGUGGCAGCCCCGCCGGGCCCCCUGCCGCCCGCAGACAGGCGCCCUGGAGCAGCUGCUGCGGGACGGGAUCCGGCUGGUGCAGGAGCUGCAGGAGCAGCUGAGCGAGUGCGGCUGGGAGGUGGGCUGGAAGGGGUGCCCCCCGCAAGGGCAGGCCCGCCCCCGGCCGCGCCCCCUGCAGCGCUUCCUGCUGGAGGAGGCGGGCAUCCUCCUGGCCCUGCUGAAGCAGGUGGGCUGCGACCUGAGCUGCGCCCAGGAGCGCCUGCAGGGGGAGCCCUGCUCCUCCCGCCGCUGCAGCACCAUCCUCUACCACCUGAAGCAGGGCUGCCUGCCCAGCCCCUGGCUGCCCUACGCCCUCACCGGCCCCCAGGCCCCCCCGGCCUGGCUGCAGACGCUCAAGCAGCGGACCCAGCUCCUGUGCAGCUACCUGGGCUCCAUCAGCGGUCCACUGGUGGCCCACUACCAGCUGGCCGCCUUCCACCAGCCCCGCCGCCUCCUCCUGGCCGUGCUGCAAGAGAGGGCUCGCGUGGAGAGGCAGGAGCUGCACCGCUACCAGCUGCACCAACAGGUAGGGAGGAGAGGGCGGGCGGGCGGGCGGGCAUGGGGGCGGGCACAGGGGCAGGCCCCGCAGCCCCGGUCCCUGAGCGCCCCCUUUCCCCCUCCCUCUUGCCUUCCUUUGCCAGGUCCUUCCCAGUGGGCCACCCCCCACCAGCGCCCCCGAGAAAGGCAUCUAUCUGAGCGGGCUGGAGCUGCGCCACGCCUUCUGGAAGGCCCACAGUGGGCUGCUGCAGGAGAGUCGCACGGCCGAGCCCUGCCCGCUGCCCACCAUCUGGAUCCAGGCCGCCCGCCUGACCUGGGACAUGGCCUCCGCCGGCACCACCCCCAAGCUCCCGGCCAACAAGUACCUGUGCCCCGUCUACCUGGGGGUCCCCGAGGUCCCCGUGGCGCUGGGCAGCCAGCACGUCAUCCUGCACCUGAGCCUGCCUUCCAAGAUGGCCCCUGAGCUGUGCCUCCAGCAGCGUGUCCACGCCGUCAGCCUCCUGCGCUGGGAGGGGGGCGGCAGCACGGGGCAAAGGCAGCGCCCUGCCCCCUCCCCCAGAGCCCCCUCCCCAGGACAGCCCCCUCCCCCCUCCCGGGCUUAACCCACAUGACACAGAGAAAGCCAUGUACAGAAAUAAAGUGAUAUAUUAUUAGUGUGUAC